AUGACCAUAAGCUAUAAGUAACAACCGGCAAUAACGAGAUUUUUUCUAAGCAGCAGUCGCGCGCAAUCCUAUUUUGAUUUAUUCUAAUCGUUUCUGGGGAAAUAGAUCAACUGAAUGCCUGCGAGAAACUGGAUACUCUGUGAAAUCUUAAGAAAAGAGCGAUCUAACAAAGAAAAACUACAUUUGUGAUUGAUCUGUAAGCUGUAAGAUUGAUCUUGAUGUGCGUGUCUCUGCACGCGCUCGAAACGAACCUGAACCAAAAGCAAGUGAGUAUGAACCGUGUCUGUGUAUCUAUGUCUGUAUUUUUUGGUGGCUUUUUUCUUCUGCGUUUAUUCUUCUAGUAAGACAGCAGGUCUUUAUUGGGCAGCUCUAAAAAGACGGAAGGAGAAAAUACAGCGUCUAGCCUGCAUUCAACAAGUAUCGUUAAAUCCACAUUAGCUGCGAUUUUAUUUUUGUAUUCUUGUCGCCUGUUUGUGCUUUGAUAAACCACAACGUGUUCAAAUUGGACAAAUUGAAAUCUUAAAACAUGUCUGCUUUUUUUGUAAUUUUUUUGUCAUUAUUUCUUGUUGAUAUAUUUCACAGAAAACUGUACUUUUACGCAGCCAGAAUUUUAAUAAACUGACUUGUACCCUAAAAAUAUAAUUAUAUAAAUCCUAACAUUUCAUUGCAUAAAUGGUGGGUGUUUCCCCAUCUACACCACUAGAUCAGAGCAGCUCCAUGCCUCUGAGGGAAAUGUGUGUGUGAGUGUGUGUGUGUGUGUACACCCCUCUUGGCAUCAUUUCGUACCUGCCUGCUGUGUUUAUUUGUAAGCAUGCUUCUGUUUUACUUACAUAUGCCCUUGCACCAUUGUCUGUCUCUAUGUGUGUGUGUAUAUUUGUGUUUGUACAUGUAUGUGUGUUUGUGCAGCAGCAGCAGCAGUGAGUAAGUGUCAAGGCCUUGGGAGAAAAAAAAUGGAGGUUUGAUAAAGGGAGCGCAUAAGAGUGGGGAAGAAGGGUGAGAGGGUUUACACACAAACACAUGGGAGAAAGACUGAAAUAGAGAGGGAGAGGAGGAGAAGGUGUGAGGAUGAGAUGGGAAUGGAGAUGGAGAGCGGGUUAGUGGAGCGGAACAACAGGAAGGACAUCGUGUCACUGAGAUCUCUUCCAGGAAGUCUUUAGGGGCAGUUAAAGACCAGUCUAGACGUGGUCCUUCUUCCCCUCUUGGUCUUGAACCCUGUCUCAUUUCUCCAUCUGCAUCCCCCCUUUUCAGCACACACUCUAUCCUGAGUUUUAUAACCCCUCUUCUUCUUCUUCUUCAUCACCCCCAAGCACAUGCCUUGCUUUAACUCCAGCAUGCUUUUCUUCUCCUCCCUCCAUUUGCACCCUCCUCCUCUUCAAAUCCUGCAUUAUGAAUCUACAGCUCAUGCUAUUUUUAGAUCGAGGGUAACCCAGAAAACACCCCUUCAAUUUUAGCAAAAAAAAAAAAAAAGAAAAAAGGAAAAGAAAACUCCCCACCAGAGACAGACAGUGGCAUGCUGUCAGAGGACGGGAGAGUUGUGAUGGGGUUAGAAAAAGAGGGCGCUGCUGUGGAAGCAACCUGGGGAAUAAAAUCUAUUUUGAGGCUGUGAUUUGAUUACGGAUCUGUCGUGUCCUGGGUUUCUUUUUUUUCUCUCUGACCCUUUCCUCUUGCCUCGGUUGUGAUGGUUGCUCUCUUUCCUUGAGAGAGCUCCCUUCAUCUCCUAGUCCGACUUUUUAAAAACCCCCAUUCUUGACUUUGAGCCUCACCUUUCAUUCAACUUUCCCUCUUUUCUCUCAUUUUGUCUCCUCCAUUCAAAACCCACUUUCCUCUGACAUCUAAGAUCCUAAUCUUUAACUUGUUUUUUUUUUUUACUUCUCCCCUAUGUCUAAAACCAGGCUAGUUCACUGGUCUGGAGUCAGCACAGUCACACACUUUUGCCAGGCUGGCCUCUGUGUUUCAAAUCAUUGCAUUAUUGGGGCGUAAUAUCCCUAAUCAUGAUCAAAAGUAGUGUCAUCAGUUGGAAAUCGACAGCGUUAGAUGACUGUAGAGGGCGAGGGGAAGUUCUGGGGUGAAAGCUGAUUCAAAAAGUUGUGCACUAAAGGCUCCGAUUUUUACCCAGCGCCAAAAAUAGAGCCCCUUCCCUUUCCUCACAUGACACUCUACCCCUUUGCUUUCCCCUGUUUGCACUCAGUGGUGUUUCAGGUUUUUCUGACCUCUCUUACACCAUUCACUUCCCCCUCACUCCAUCUUCUCACAGUCUCUCACUCUGUGGGUGUAUCACCCUCCUAAAGCCUUAACAUACAUCCUCCUGUGGAGCUUUGUGAGCUUCAUGUCUGCUCAUCUAUUCCUGAAUAUGGCCUUAUGUAUUAAUCAUCGCCAGCUUGCUAAAAGGAGCAAACCAGAAGCACGUGAUGAUUCUUCUCCUUCUUCUCCUCUUGUGCAGAAAAAGUGCACUGGAGGGGCUCUUAGCAAGUGAGAAGCAGCAGCAGAGUGUUUAGGCGGGGGGGAUUAGGGGUUGACCAAUAUGCACAAGCCCCUAGAGUGUGUUUCUGUGCUGCAGUGUGUUUGGAUUGGUCCAACCCCUGGAGAAUCUCCCUGCUGGUGUUGCUGAGUAGAGGAGCUGCCUCCUUGUAGACUGUCCGUUUCCUUUUUUUGCUUGCUUAAUUGAUUGGUUCUCUAAUGCUUGUUUUGGGAAUUGAGCCUUUUUUAUGAUGAGAGAUGCCUUGUUUUUUUUUCCUCUUCCAUGUGUGGCCUCCUUUUCCUCCAGAUUUCUCUCUUUGUUUCUGUCUUGCGCAGCAUCCAUUCAUGAUAUUUUUACCAUUUUCAUUCUUCAAUUUUAAACGCCACCUACUUUCCUACCGCCUCACACUCCUUUCUUAUCUGGCUUCCCCUCGUCUCGUGGAGUUACACAUGAGGUGCAAUGAUGAUUUUUAGUAGGGGGAGGGAGGGGGAAGAGGAGGGAGGCGGGGGCAGUGUGUGUUGUGACACCGCACUUAAAGGGGGAGGUGACCGCAGUGCUCGUUUUUUCACCGCGCUGCUGCAGUGCCACGUUUUCUCCUGUUGGGGUCUCCUCAGCACUGGGAAAUGUGAGAGAAAGAGGAGGUGAGGUAGAGAUGAGGGGGAGAGGAAUGAGGAAAAGGAGGGAGGGAGGCGAUAUGGAUGGAGCAGCGUGAAGCCUUGUGGUUACAUCCUUUGAUGAGGUAGCGGGUGGGAAAAAAAAUGGCUCCGCACCAGAAACACAUACGUAAUUUGUGCUAUCUCUCCCCCACUCUCUUUUCCUCUCUCUCUCACACACACACACUCACUCUCCCCCUUCAUUUCUCCCCCUCUCUCUCCAUCGCCGCACUGUUUUUAUUGCUCUUUUCUUCACUCCACACCGUUUUCAACCUCCUCUCCCCUCUCUUAGACCUUAUCAGCCAUUCAGGUGCAAUCCCGAGUCUUUUUCUCUCACCUCCUUCUCCUCCCCCACAUUUUUCCUUCCCCUAUUUCUCUCCUCCACCUCACCUGCCUUCCCUUCCCUUCUUCCAACUGCUCACUCUGUACCGCAUAGUCAGCACUCCUCCAAAUUCCUCCCUUUCUCUCUCUCUCUCUCUCUCUCUUCUUUUUCUUCCUCUAGUGCCUGCGCUCCUCCCCUCCCCCCGGUUACUGCUGCUGGUACCUCACAGUCAAGGCAUCCCAUAAUCCUGCACUCCCUCCUCCUCCUCCCCCCUUCUUGCUGCAGUGUUUCUGCUAAUAUAUAUUAGCGUCAGUGCAGGAUCCGUGCAUGAGCCAUGUGUAUGUUUUUUUCCUCUCUCAUCCCUCUUUCCUCUCUUUAUCUAUCAAUCCACUGCAGAAAUGAUCAGCUUCAUAACCAUUAAGCCCUCGUUUCACCCACAAAAUGGUUUUUUUCUGAGCUUGUUUGUUGCAGCCAGGUGAAUGUGUGUCUCUACCUCCCUCCUCCUCCUCCCUCCACUUUCUCUUUCUCCCUCCCCCUGUGUGAGUGCAGUAGUAGCAGGGUGGCGCAGGACAUGGUGGCCGAGGCAGGAAAUGCUGCAGGAGAGAGAAAGAGAGUAAAAGAGAGCAAGAGAGAGAGAUGGGGGAAAAGGUGGUAGAAGAGAUUGCUUUUCCUCUCGGUCCAUCUCUCUGCUUGAUUCCCCUCCUCUUCCUCCUCGUCCUCCCUCUGCUUCCCCACUCAGUUUUAUCCCCCUUCUUUUCUGCCUUCGCUCACAUCUUCCUCUUAUUGAUCUCGACUUUCCCUCCUUCCAUCUUUCCAUUUUCCAUCUGAUGCUCACCUUGUGUAGCUUCUCUCCACAUCCUGUUUCCCUGCUCUCCUCUGUUUUUUUCUCUCUCAGGCUAUUGCAUUGCUGUCAGGGAUAAAAGUGGCAGUGCUGGCCCUUUAAGAGAUGCUCCUACCUUCCCCCCCUUUUUUUGAGCAGAAAGCCUAAAACUGCGGACAAUCUCCUGCAUGCAACCAGAAAGCCUGAAACUAAGUUACUUUAAAAUCAUUAAGAUCAGAAGUCUUGCUCAUCUCUGUCAUUUUUUUAUCUUUCUUAGAUUCAAAACUGUAAAAAAAAACCCUGAGUAGGACCCGACAGCAUCCCCCAUCAGUUAAACUUAAAUUGCCCUUGGUGAAUAAAACAACACUUAUGUACUUUUUUUAAAUCAAUAAACUCACCACACAUGACUCAGGGGGAACAAGAAGGCCCUAGACCACAGUCACAGACUUGUGGCUGUCCAAGUAUAAAAUAUUCAGCAGUCCACCGGUAAGAUACAGAAACUGACCAAGUAGAAAUAAAACGGGCGCAAAAGUAAAGUGAAGUUAAAAAAGUCAUCCCAUGGAUAAAAAAUUCAGAUGAUAGAAAGUUUUGGUGGAAAACUGCAGGAUCCCAUCUGAGAGAGACGGGACACUGGAGAGAAUGCAGCGCUGUCCAUGGUGCUGAAAUCGUAUCCAUCCCACAACAUGAGUGGUCCUGCAGGGAAACCCCACAGGACAGAGCUGACUGUAGACACAGAUCUGUUCCCACUCUCCCUGCCUGACCUCACUUAAACGGUUUCAUUUAAUAUGAUCGCUCCCUAACCAAUGAAACUAGUUCAGAUCCAACUCACUUAAAGACUUCGUAGCUACAGAAAAGCAGACUAAACUUGUUCAAUUGAGUCUGCUGCAGUGCAGUUCAGGCACUCUUAGUUUUGCGGUAUGCAGGCAGAUUGAAUGCACCUGAAGUUAAAAUUGUUAAAAAUGGAAAAAAAAAGUAAGAAAAAACUGAAGGCAUGUAACAUUGCAGCAUUUUUAUCCUUCAGCCUCGUUUUAGUCCCAGAGAUGCAUGCUAAGCUACUUGCGGGACAAUGCAGAAAGUCAUGCCACUCUGAAAUGCAUGGCUGUUUUUGACAGACAAGUAAAGUUAGAGCUUCUGUUCCAAACACUGCAAAGAUUUUGGAUCGUUGAGACAUUAAAACUUAUUUUAAGUGUGAAAUGCUGCAGGUUCAAGAGCUUCCACAUCUUUAUUUUUUUACUGCAUGGAACUAUCCCUGUUUUUAUGUUUCUUUUUUCCUGAGAUGUAGACAUAUAAUUUACCAAAAUGUGAAUACUGCUUUUCCCUUAUUUACUCUUCAUUUGUUUUUAGACUUCUAGAUGCAAAGAUGCAGACUGAACUACUUUGGCAGAGUGAUGCAGUGAUGCUAUUCUGUUACUGGAGCAUGCAGGUCUCAUUUGGCAUGCAAUCAGAUUUGGUCCUCCUGCAGCAAACGCUGCAAAAACUUGAGAAAGUACAAAAGCGUAGAGCACUGCGGUAUCCCAGUGCAGUCACAUCUUUAUUACUUUCUUAAUUAAACCAGAACUGCAAAAAGUUUUGCAAAUAUAUUAACUUUACUACUUUUCCCAGAACAAAGCAAUUCAGCAACUCUAGAAUGAAGCAAGAAGGCUUGAAGCUCCUGCAGAAAACACUGCAGAGACUGAGGAGUUGAGAAAAAGUAGGAAUUUAAAACAUGUGACACUGCAGUAUUUUGGUUUUUCUUCUUUUUUGCACAUGAGAAACAUGUGUUUUAGUUUGUACAGUGACAUUUUUUUUGCCUCAGAGUUGUUAACCUCAUGCAAUAGCCUUGAUCCAAGUAGAUCUUACCUGAGUGGCGUUAAGUCUUUUCCCUGGAUCUCCAAAAUGAAAGAAAUCCCACCAAAAAGGUCACAAUCAAAUAAAAAACCCUCAUGUCAAAGUAAGAUCUUAAAAGAAAAGAGUGAAAGCAAACUUUUCCAUCUACAAAAAGUUGUCUCCUUGGAUAAAAAGUGAAGUAAAAUCACCAAAACAACAGAGUUAAACGUUAGGCAGAAGUACAAAAAAGAAAGACUGCAGUGUCCUACAUGGCAGAGAGGAAAAAGUAUGAGAGAAGGAUGAGGGAGGGAGGAGGGAGGGAGGAGGAGAUAGUUGACCCAAAGUGAAGGAAGCUUACUUUCUGAAAGGAAUGGGACAGGAGGGAAGAAAACAGAGAGGAAGAAUGGAGGGGAGAUGCAGCAGAGUUAAAUGCAGUAAGAGAGAGUGAGGAGGAGAAGAGAGGUAGAGGAAACGGACCAGAAGGAAGUGAAGUGAAAGAAUGACAAAGAAAGAGGGAACUGGAUAGAGACAAGACAGUGUUGUGAGAGGAGGAAGUGUUGGGAGAAAUGAAGCCUUGAUUCCCCUCCUUCAAUGAAAUGUGAAUCCUUUAUGCGGAAUAAGAGAGCGAGCGGGAGAGGGAGAGAAAGUAGUAGGAUCGAAAGGGGGAGGGCUGGUGAGAGCUCACAGGAGAGGAGAGGAGAGGAGAGGAGAGGAGGGGGGAGGAGAGUAGAGGAGAGUGGUGCAUUUCUUUGAAUAGAGAAAAAGGUUAACAACAUAGAUACAGAGCAUGUAUGGACGCAUGUCUUUAGAGGGAGGGAGUAAAAGAGAGAGAGAGAGAGAGAGAGGGAGAGAGAGCAAAUAACCAGCUUUUUACUGCAGCAGAAUUCAUUCACUUUUAUAGUGCACUCUCCUUUUUCAUGCUUUACCCACCUCCCCCCUUUUUCACUCUUCAUCCCCCUUCUAUCUUUAACAGUGCAGAGACAAUAUUACUCUUCAACUGUACUGCCUUGGAGGGGUCGUGCUACAUUCGCUGCUGUUUUUGUCUUUGCCUCAUUCUCCUGUCCUCCUCCAUCCUUCCUUUAAAUAUCUGAUUUAUAGCUUCCCCCUCUUCGUCCCUCUUCUCUCUCUCUCUCUCUCUUUCAACCUCUAUCUUCCCUUCUUCCUCCUCUCGAUUGCCACACACUCUUAACACACACAUUUUUUUGUAUUGGAGAAGUAGCAGAGAGAGGGAGAGAGAGAGAGAGGGAGCACUGGCAUAAUUGUGCAUCACAUGAAGCUCGGUGCAGUUGGAGGGGGCUGCAGCAGUGUGUGUAGCAACACACACAGGCUGAUUGAGGAGAUCUAACAUUAGUGCGGACAUGGCACUCUCGGGAGGCAAUUAACACAAACACACACAAGCACACACACAAGAUGCUGCAGGUUAUAUCAGAAAGGCAUCCAUAACUCUGUUUAACACAAUUACUCCCAUCUUUCUGCCACUUUUUUUUCCCAUCCUCACUCACACUCCGGUGCUUGAGAGGGAAAAAGACGAUGGGGAAGAGGGAGGAUGAGCAGGAGGGGAGGAGGAUGCAUACACUCAAGCCUCACAGUGGCCUAAUUAGGGGGAGGAUUUUGAAUGAACACCGACCAGAGCUUGGAGUGGAUCAAUUUAGACAUUGUUUGCUGCAGGAGAUGCAUGAUGAAGCUUGGGAUAAUAGUUGAAAAAGUCUGUGUGUGUAGGGGUGAGGCGGGGGGUCGUUACUGCUGGGACAUCACACAGAAGAAGUGUGCAGUAUCUCUGACACUGUUUGAACUCCGACUCAUAUUCACCUGCUGUCAUGUGCUGCAAAAAGAAGUUGCAGAAAUGUUUGUGCACCAGGAUGCUGUGUUAAAAAAAACAUCUUUCCACCCCCUCCUCCCUCCCCUCACCCACUGCACCUGCACAAGGUCAUUUCAUGCCCUUCUUUCACCUGAUGAUCACAUGAAUGACUGCACAUGCAUGUAGCAUUAGUGUGUGAUUCUUUAUUUGUAUUGCAAUGUUGACAUUCCAGAUCUAUUUCUCCCUUCUGUUAAAAUUUCUGCCCUUUUUCUCUCCCCGCAGACUCCUCAGACUCCUCCCUCCUCCUCCCUUCGGUUUCUCUCAUCCUCUCCCUCCCCCCCUGGUCCUCUAUGCUCAGUUCGGUGUGUGUAUCCUCUUUCAAAGGACGCAAGGGUGGGAACAAGUCGUCCAACAAAGCAUGUUACAGCGCAGACAUGACUUGUCCGUCGGAAAGCGAGAAAAUCGUGAUAAACUGCGGGGGGGUGCGGCAUGAGACCUACCGGAGCACCCUCAAAACGCUGCCCGGUACCCGCUUAUCGUGGCUUACCGAGCCGGACGCGUUCAGCAACUUCGACUAUGACCCCAAAUUAGACGAGUUCUUCUUCGACCGCCACCCGUCAGUCUUCUCCUUCAUCCUCAACUACUACCGCACUGGGAAGUUGCACUGUCCCAACGAUGUGUGCGGCCCCCUGUUCGAGGAGGAGCUGGCCUUCUGGGGCAUCGACGAGACGGACGUGGAGGCGUGUUGCUGGAUGAAUUACCGGCAGCACCGGGAUGCGGAGGAGGCGCUGGACAGCUUCGAGACUCCAGAGCCGGACGCGCCGGACGACGACCCGGCGCUUGGGGGUGCGGACGGGGACUUGAAAAGACUGUGCAUGCAGGAGGACGCGAGGAAGGCGGGCUGGUGGAAAACCUGGCAGCCCAAAAUCUGGGCACUCUUUGAAGACCCUUAUUCGUCCAAAUAUGCCCGGGUGAGUCCCUUACAUCUUAACUUCUUUCUGUACUGUUGCAUCCUCCUCUCCAUGAUGCUGCACAGCACUUUAGGACUAUUUUUAAGUUCAGAAAAGUUUUUUUAAUGAUCUCCUCCCAUCAUUGCUGAGAAAGCAGUGCAGUAUAAUUACCUGCAGGUAGACUGACCGCCGGAAUGUGACAGUGUAUCUUUUAUUAUUAUUAAGUAGCAGGAUAUAUACUUAUACUGAUGCUGAAUAAUUAAUGCUGAUAACAUUGGAAAAUGGAAAACUGUAUUGCAGUAUUCCACCGAUAUCUCAUGAUAGAUGGGUGCCACUUCAUGCAACAAAACCCGAACAUGUCCCACACUUGAUGUAUGACACGUUUCACACGCGCUGGAUUCACACUGAAUGCAGUUUUUAUUGCUAUCAUAAUUCCUAUCGCUGUAUUCUGCUCCUUGAGCGGGUUUAAUACAUAUCAGUCUCCAAACGCGCCAUCCGCUGCGCUCCCUGCAUCCAAACGCCUUCAUUAGGGUCGUAUUUGUCCGUUUACGAUGCACAUCAGUGCGCCGUAUUUCAUCAUAUCCUUAUUUAUUGUAGCAGCUCACUGAGGAGGCUCACAGGACGCUGAAAUGUCAGUGUUUAAGUGCAUCUCUUCUCCCACAUUUGCCCUUGGUAGAGCUUCAGUCUGCUGGGCUGUUUCUGCCUUUAUUCCUGUCCCAGUUGAAUAGUGCAUGGCUUUUACGCAUGGGUCUCACUGCUUUUACGCAGGACUUGUCUCUGUGUUGAAUCUGCAUUGACUGUUUUCAUGUAAAUACUUCAUGAUCCAGCCUUUUGAAGCAAACAUUUGAUCAUACAGGUGUGUGAGUAACAAGUACCCCUGACUGUGUUUUUGAGAUAUGUCACAUGAAAACAGUGAACAGUGGGCUUCUUUUCUCUGAGACCCUCCAGCUGCUUGAUCACAGCUGCUUUGAUUCGUCUAGUUUUGUGAAUCCAGUGAUGGAUUUUGAUCAUCACUCGGUCUACUUCUGCCAUUUACCACCCACUCAUCUACUCUAGGGGUGUUUGAGGACCCCUGGAUGCUGUGAACAUAUGCAUCUUGUGGGCGCACAUGCAAAACCAGACAGUCAGCAGACACCUGCAGUGGCCAAUUCAUGCAACCACACUGAAAAAAAGCUGGAAACUAAAUCACUGCACAGUCAGCAAUACUGUAUCUACAAAAACAAACCAAGACAAUAGCUACACACCCACCCACACACACACACCUCCUCUUGCACCAGGUAUAGAUCCUGGAUUCAGUUCCCUCAAGAGGAAAGGGGAUGUGAUGGGCAGAUAGUCUUAUCCAGGCCACCUGAUCUGCCUCUCUGGACUCAGGAUCAGGCAGGAAGUGCUUCUUGAAGUGUCACUCUUGUCCUGAUAUAAUUGAUUUUUUUUACCAUCCCAUCCCUUCCCACCUGUGCGCCAAUAAAACAUCACAUAGUGGGGAAGUUUUAUUGCACCAUGUCCAAACAGAGGAUAAGAGAAGAGCGAAGCUAGAAUACGGCAAAAAAUACAAGGGGAUUUGGUGCUGAAUUCUAAUCAUAAAGGUGAGAGGAGGCAGCGUUUGCAGCAUUUUUCCACUCUGGAUUUCAGCUACUGUACCUGCUGCAAGAAUGCUGUUUAUUAUGUAAUGUACAGUUUCACACCGCAGAUCUCAUGAAUCAUACAAAAUCUAACACUCAUUGAGUGUCAUUUCUUUAAAUGGUGUAUGUGUGUGUGUGACACCAUGCUGGGGUUAUGCAGAGUACAAAGCAGGUAUAGUUGGUAGGAUUCAUUUCAGUAGCUGCAGCUCUAUUUGUAGGGUGAAUGCAGCCCCAUUUCUCCCUGUAGGUCUAAUGUGCCAGUGCUGUACGUCAAACAGUGUUCUGACCCAGAUCACUCGCAUUUCUUUCCACCCUUGUCCGAUGUUCAAGAAGCUUUUGGUCAGUCUGUCCUGUGUUUGUGUGUGUGUGUAUGUGUGUGUGUGUGUGUGUGAGAGAGAGAGGUGGAAAGAGGUUAGGAGAGAAAAAAAAUUAGAUGCUGAUGUGGAAAUACAAUGAGACAGAUGAGAGGGAGACAGAGGGAGGAAGAGGGAGACGAGAGGAAAUAAAGGGAGACAGGAUGGAGAGAUGUUCCUCUAAUGAUUUCAGGGGGUUUUGUUUUGCAUGGCUGUGAUGUAACACAUCAGCAAUCAGUGUUGUGAUCGGAGCGAUGGACACAAGAAGCAGGGCUUUUUUUUUCUUCGUUUUUUUUCCAAAACUGAAACAAAAAUCCCACCUUCUGAUCGUGUGAGGCUCGCUAUAGUGGAUCUACCAUAGUGGCACACAUACACACACACAUGCAUGUAAGAAACACACAUGCUGGUGUCUGUGCUGGAUUUUCUGCUGCAGUAGACACGGGAGUGAGAGAGAGAGAGGGAGAGAGAGAGAAGAGGUGGAGGGGGAGCACUGGAGGAGGAGAAAAGAGGUGGAUGCAAUCGGGUGGGAGUUGAGUGAGAGGGAAAGCGAGGGAAAUGGAGAAGAGGAGAAAAAGGGGGAAAAGAGGAGAAGGAGAAUCAGGGAGACGGAGAAGAAGGGGUUUGAGAUAAACACUGAGGAGGUGACAGCAACAGAGAGGAGCGAGAGAGAGAGACAUGGCAUGAUGGGGGUGGGGACCCUUGUCUUUGCAUCUUCAAUUAUCAGUGAAGGAUCGAGCCAUUCAAUCUUUCCACCCGAGCCCCCUCCUCCUCCUGCAUAUCUAUUGAUUGAUAAUCAAUUGAUUAUCCCUUCUUUUUGUUUUUUUCUUAAAAGCCAAUCCCUGUUUCACCACCACCGCUUUGAAACAUACAGUGGCCCAUUCUGCUCUCCAGAUGGAUGUUAACAUGGCUGUUAGCACAUGAGCAAAAUUUAUGGCUGUAGAUGUUUCUGUUUGAUGAGGUGUAGAGCAAUACGAUUUGCAUCUGAUUUCUUUAUUGAUCAGUGCCUGGGCUACAUGGGUCUUGCUGUGCAGCUGCAGCGACAUGGAGCUGUUGGAUCAUAUGUGACAGAAUCUGGUCUUUUUUGUUCUUGUCAUUGGCUGGAAAACAUGACAGCAAAGGACAUUAAAGAUAGACAACAUGGGACGAUCGACAGAUACAUAGAGACAAUAACAGUUACAUUAAUGGAUGAAUGAUGUGAGGAGAGUUGGGAGGAAAAUUUAAGUCUAAUUUAAUAUUUUAAAUGCUGAUCUGCCAGAAUUACAAUGACCACAAGUGAAUAAACAAGAAACUAUCAAUGAAAUUGUACACUAUUAAGUACUGUAGAUGUUAUGUUAUGGAACAUAUUAUAAUCAUAUUCUGCAGGUUCUUUAUCUCAUGAUAAACUCUGACAAGAUGUUGUGUAUCAUAGAUUUAAAUUGGAAUCUUUUAUAGAUUGAAAUGUACAAGUACUCAAAGAAAAAGUGAAAAUUGAAGAUAAAAUGUGUUAUUUAUGUAAUUUAAAUGUGAUUUAUGUUAACGUUUAAAAAAAGGAUAUUGCAACAUUUAAAGCACUCAUUAAAGGGUUAAAGUUGAAUAAAUCAAUCAGGCCACACACAAGUUCUUCCUGAAAUUGAUAUAUAAGCCACAUAUUUUCACAAAAAAAGGAAAUUUCAGCCUUGACAUUCUCACCACAAUCUCUCUGUAUGUUUUCCUUUACCAUCAUCCUACAGGUUUAGCUGUGUGUUGGUCACUUCCACUUUUGCACCAGAAGGGCACAGUUGUCUUUGUCAGCACUCUCCUGACAAAGCACCAUUUGUAGCUCAGCAUGUACAAGAUGCCCCUCUGCCCUCUCCAACUCGGAUGAUGUGUGCUCAUAUUUGGUUCAUUUAUGUUAUUGCAUCCAAAGACCCCCCACUCUCCUCUCCCUGAAGGUCACAUCUUUUAGCUCACCCUUUCUUCAGUGUUUAGCAUUUGAACAUCAAUGUUCCUGCUGUUGCGUUGGACAGCCUCAGAACAGGUCAUCCACGGGUAGAAAAUCACUGUGGUGGACAGAAAAUGGAAAAAGAGAUGUAAUGAUAGGUGUAUAUAUAGAUAUGGUGUUGGGUGAAAGAGAACAUUGCCCUUGGCAGGGUUUGGUUGACAUUACCAUUUUUGUGGAGGACAUUGCAUCACAUUUCAGGGAAGGCGACUGUUCGUGAAUGGAGCAAAGUUUAGUUUGAGUUUUGAAACACAAAAAGGUUUUGAUGACAGUAAUUAACCACUGUAACUUCUUGAUUGGUGGUUCAACAUUUAAAUUUUGAAUAAAGCAUGUCGUCCUUCUUCUUAAACUUAAACAUGUAAAAGACACUCAUAUUUUGACUUUAUCCUAGGUCACUUCUAAUUUUGAAUAGUCUAGUGAGAUUUUUGAACCAGUUUCGCUUGCCCCGGAACAUCAUCAGUCAAGUACCUCCCAAUUCCAUGUGGGAACUUUGGUGAGGUGACUUGUAGUUGUUUGUGUAGGGCUCGUCUAAAAAUUUUAACCAUUUUGGUCCACUGCACACACCCCAGAUAGGCUCUCUUUGCUUUUAUCAUAAAAAACAUCCUUCUUACCUUGAAACUGAAACAAAAAUACCUCAUUUAAGUUCACAUUCCAACUCUAAGCUUUAGCUUCCUUGACAGUGUCCCAGUGUGGUCUGAAAUGAAGGUGAACUUUAGAACUUUGAUGCCCCUCAAUCAGUAAGUCUUAAAUUUGCUUUGUAUAGGAUUUUGUAUUCAUAUUUUCCAAGUUGCCUCCAUUAAAACCCAGACCCAUCUGUAGUCCUAUUUCCCACUUCCAUUCUUGCUUGUCUCCCUGUGGACUGCAUCUGAAAAUAGCAAAGUGAAGGAAAGGAGGCCUUUAAUUUCAUUCGCUGGUGGCAAAUAUAUUCGUCCAUUACUGGUGAAAGGGCGAGACUCUGUAUUUUAAGGAUAACUCAGAACUUAAGCCACGCUCAGGAAACAAAAGUCAGAAAACAGGAGUGUUGAAUCUGCCUAAAGAGAGAGACAAAGAAGAUAGAGGUAAAAAUUGUUUGUUUGUAGAAGUAGGAAGUUGGCAGAGGCAUUGUAGCAAGUCAACCCGCCUUUCCUGUCUAGGAUUGAUAUGUGUCCUGUGAUCUGUUUAAAUUUCUCCUGACAAGGUUUUGUACCGCAGGCCUUCUCAUGUUGUGUUUGCAUCCUCCAAUGUCCCAGUCCCUCUGUAAGUCCUGUAACUUGAGCUCUAUAUGUUGGCAAUACUUUAUUGGGCAGUUGCCUGAUGUCUCAUAACAAGGGCAUGGACAAGAUCUUUGUGUUGAAUAAGCGAGAAAACACUACGAGGGGGUGAAAACAGGAAGAGGUGUUUGGUUUCAACCUACUAGCAGUAUUUACUGGAUACUGUAUCAAGUGGUGAACAACUUUUCUGUCUUUGUGAAAGCAUUAGUUUGAGACUUCUGUGAUAAGUCAAACUAUUCAGUCCAUGUUAAUGUUUUUUUUGUAAGAUAGACAGUUAAAUUAAACUUGAAAUGAAGUUUUUGUGUUCAUAUAUUCAUUUAUUCCAAAGGUUUUAUUAGCAUGAGAGCUUCAGAAAUAUACUAAAGCAUCUAAUCUAUAAUGGGGCAAUUAUUGGAUAACGUGUAAAAACAGUAGUACCAGCAGAAAGUUUGUAUGUGUGUCUCAGUCCUGAUAAAUUUUUGGCUGGGAAAAGUAACUAAAGCCAUAAUGUGUUCAGACCUAAACCUAAGAAGUACUGGGAGGCAGAUUAUUGUUUUUUUUAUGAAAGGAGCUAGGCUAGUUUUAUUACAGCUGAAGCUAACCUAUUGCUCCAUGUUUAACAGAGUAAUAAUUAGAUGUCACUGACCAAUUUCUAAAAUCAAAAUCUAGAUUUUUCUCUCAGACUUCAUCCUCAGCUCCUCCUCCUCCUGGCUCCUGCAGUUCACACCCUACCCCCUCAUGAACUUUCUCCAGAGACAUUCUCAACAACGACAUGACAGCUAGCGUUAAUGAAGAAGCAUGGUCUCCUCUUUCAUUCAGUUGAACCAUACGGUGUUGUGGCAGCUCAAACAAAAAGUGAGCUGCUUUUUUACUUUAACUCUUGAGCUAAAAAUUCUCUUUUUCAGAAGAGCCAUCUAUGCUUUAAUCCCUUCCUCAGGCCAAUAUUCCAAAUAAUUGAAUCACUGUAUGCUUUGGUAGCACCACAGACAGAUACGCAGUGAGGUUUUUCCUGUUAGCAUCUGGGUUGAUGAACUGUUCAUAAAACUUUAGCAAAUGUUCAACCUAUCUCACAUGCUUUGCCAACAGCAUUGUUAGCACUGUUAGCAGGAUUAGCCAUGAAUGCUCGGGUGCUGUAGAUCUGAUUUCUGCUGGUGUAAAACACAGUGCUCGGUAUCUCUCGGCACUUUUCUUCACCUCCCUGAAUGUGAGCGGUCAUUCACUGCCCCAGGAGUGAACUACGCUCACCUUCCUGUUCCUGAGUGGUUCAGUUCACCAUUCAUGAAAAUAUGAGCGCUUUCAAUUAACGCAUUCAUCUUUAGUAGUUCACGCACAACUCUGGUGGCCUUAUAUGAGUUUAAUAUUGUGUUUGAUCAAUGACGAAUAGGCUCUGCUUUUCAAACUGUUUACUCCCCUGAUGGCCGCAAAGGUGAGCUAAUUGCUCGAGGAUCAAAGACUUGUGUUGGGUAUUUUUUUUAAUCAUUUGUGUUUGAGUUUUCAAGUUGGAAAAGAAAAACUCAUUAAAAUGAGAUCUAUAGAUACUUUUAGGUCAUAUUGCCCAGUCCUAGCUCCAGCACCAUGUUUUCUACACACACAUUAAUGGUAUUGAUCUUCGAAUUUAAUUCUUGGUAUGAAAGAAAAUAAGCAUAUUUUCAAUAAUGUCAACCUUUAGCUUCAGGCAUUCCAUUAACUUUCCAGGCAAAAACAUUUAACGUGUAAUUAUGCUGCAAAAACUGCUCCCCCAUCAAUCCACAUAGUGUUCUUCCUCUCUUUAUACUCUCCCCAACCAUCACCCUUCUCUUCCUCUUCCGUGGCCCAUUUAGCGGUGCUGGUUAAGUGCUGAAUCAGGACUCCAUAACACCGUACAGACAGUCGAUUAGUUGGACCUUGUGGUUAACGCAGGACUUUUUGCUGCUCCGCUCUGAGAUUGGAUAGAAUCAGGACGUUGGCGUGGUUCAGAGCUCACACGCUGCCAGAGCAGAUUACAAAGCUGGGGGUCUGAAUUCUCUAAAUGGGGCAAAUCUUGUCGAAUCACAAGAGAGAGCACAGUAUUGUGUGCUCUAGUCCCCCUCUCACAUAAGCAGAAGUAUAAUAACCACACACUGUGCAAAUACAGACUGACAAAAAUACUUGUAAUCGCGUGCUGAUUUAGAAGUCUUUCACUGCAUCAAUAUUGUUAAUUAUUCAUGAGCGAUAUCCGGAACACACUGUAACUAAAGGAAGACCUAAUGUGCUUUAAGGAGUACAUUUACCCACUUUCAUUACAUCAGGCUUCUUACAUUUGACCCCCUCACACACCUGGUGGGUCAUAAAUCACUCUUAGUACACUCACCUUUACACACUUGCCCAUACUCUGUAAGUGUAGCAGCCCAUAAACCAUUCUGCUGAGCGUUCACACUCGCACCACAAAUAUAAAUCACAGUUUGACACGCCUCCACAUGUAACCCUGCAGACCACUCUCACACAUGUCAACUUCCCAAAGACCUGUCGCUAACAGAGACAUAGACCCGUAAACUGUAUAAUGGUGAGCUGACAGAUGAGACUGCAACAAGUUGUUCUGAGAUAUUCUAAUACUUUUUUUUUUUUUUUAUAAUUGUUGAUCCGUCCUUUUUUACACUUGAUAAUUUAUAGGACAGAUAAAAUAAACCUUGGGCUUCAGCCUGUUUUCUUCAUGGUUAUUGUAUGACUUGAACUUUGUGAAAUGGACCAGUGUAAACAUGUAAAAUGGUGUUAUUUUGUACUUUCUGAUUCACUUAACUUUUGACUUUUGAUCUUCUUUAAUGAAUGACCAAGAAAAGAAAGAUAUUCAUUUAUUGCUUUGUAAAAAAAAAAAAAAAAAAAAAAAGAAAAAAAAACUCCCAGUAUGCAAGGGAAUAACCUCAGUUUGAUGGACUAAAAUGAAAUAACUCGUGAUCAUCUUUUCAGAAUAAAAUCAGAUUUAAAACAAUUCUAAUUGAAACAUUAAUAAAUCCAAAUUUGAAAUCUUGAUAAUAAUCUGCUUUUAAGUGAUUUUUUUUAUUCUCUUAGUCUUAUAAUUACAUAAGUGAUGAUUUAUAGGAUUUUGGUAUUGUAUAAAAAGUAAUUGGAUUACUAACUGUGGAUUACUCCCACACUAACUUCGUCUACUACAGCCGCUUCAACUUUUGAACCGUCCUCCAUCUCCUCACCUGUCUUUCCCUCUUUGUUAUGGACUGGAUGGGGUGGAGUCACGUCUCUGAUGUUGAACAGCGUCUUAAAGGGACAUGAGACCGUAGCCUACUUACACACAUCCAAAACCAACUUUUAUUUAUUUGUUUUUGACACCAAAUUCAUUGACAUGGGCAAAAUGAUGUCUGUUAUUGUCGUAAAUUUCGGUAUUGGUAAAUUUUCGGUUUAUCGCCCAGCCCUACCAUGCAUGUAAAGGACAAGAUCAGCAAAGCAAGAAGAUAUACAUCUCAGCCCAUAGGGUCCUCAAAAAUUCAAAGUCAGAACUCCUAAAUUAUCGGCUGUUAUCACAAUCUUCCAGGUCUUAAAGGUAGCCUACAGUCAGGGGCAGGGUUUGCCAAUAGGCAAACCAGGCAAUUGCCUGGGGCCCCGGCUUCCAGGGGGCCCCCACUUGGGCAUCCUCCUGAGUGACCGGGUGCCCCAAGUGCUAAUAAAUGUACUGCACGGCAACGACAACAACAGGCAUUUACUACGAAAAAGCGACGUAGCAAACCCCCUUGGGGGCCCCCACACCCCUUCUGCCUUCAGUAUACAUAUCAAAUGUCCCAGAAAUUGUGUGCAAAAAACACAUUUUUUCAGUGUGCAGGGAUGGGGUGGGGGCCCCACAAAUUUCUUGCUUGGAGCCCCAAAGGACCCUUGCCCCGCCUAUGCCUACAGUAUAUUAUAUAUGGGAGAACAGACUUAGUAGAAAUGAAUGUAAUAGCUGUAAGUAUGUUUAAGUUAGCAUAUGGUAACCUGAAUUAAUUUGUUUUUGUCAACUUAACACAAGACUUUUUAUUUGUACUAUCAUAAAGAGUGGGUCCCCUUCUACUGCCACCUUGCUCUGCAUGUUUCUACAUUAGGAUAGAGGACACAUACAAGGAACAAGUGUAUUUUUCUUAUACUGAGUGGCCACACAAAGCCCUCAACAACAAUUGGAUCACAAUACAGUUAAAGAGAGUAGCUGUUGUGUGAGAAAAAAAAAUGCUUCAAUAGAUAUUUCAAUGGUAAAACUUGACAAAUGUAGGAUCGUACCUAUCGUAGAUGCUGGAGCUUCAAGUCAUAGGAGUCGCUGAGUGUUUCAAUCUCAAAUCUGACUGCUAGAUAUGCCAGAUAGAUAACACAACAGUUUUGUCAUGUUCAUGCACGGGUGACCACAAUAUCGAUGGCUUGUGGCAUUUACAAACAGUCUCCCUGCUCAUUCCUUUGGAAAAUGACCGAGGAGGGCGUCACUUGGACUAUUCCUGUGUGACCAUCUGUUUCCUCGUGAUUGUCCCUCCUGUCCAAGUGGCAGUGGAGUGCAGGCAGAGUGGAUGACUGUUUUAGAUGGUAAUGUGAUCUAAAGAAGUGUGUUCACCAGAUGUAAGAGUCCAUUUGGAUAAAAAUGUGUCAAAAUGUCCUCUGGAGAUUGUUGGGAUACUGACAUUUUUUCAACAUUCUUCUGUUUAAUCGCUUACAUUUUUUUUUGGUUGACCAGAAUUAUCCCAUGACAUUUCGCUUUGUCUUUUAUGGUGCAGCUAUGAGGGAGGAAAGUUAUUGAGGCACAAAAAGGACAGGGGGAUAGAGGACAGAGGGGUUCUAGGAGAAGAGGAGGAGGAGAAGUAAAAAGGCAGGCAGGCAGGCAAUCGUCAAUGCUUUCAGGACAGGGACAGCUCUGCUGUACUUGCUUUACGUGUCUGAAAAUACAAGCAGGACGGCUGAGGAGGUUGAACGGAGAAAGGGGGAGGAAGGCAGGCAUAGCUGGGAGUGGGGAGGGGGCUGCGUCGCAAGGACAAAUGCACAUGGUAUGCUGCAGUAAUCUGGAGAGAAUACAAAACAGAUAGGGGAGGAUGGACACAUGUGAACCUCCAUCCAUGCUGUAAUUGUUUGUCUUUGGUAAAGAGUGGAAGGACUGCUGUGGGAAUUAAACACGGGGGACUUGACCACUGCAGAGCACACGGUGACGUGUUAGUUCACCAGGCUGUGUGUGUGUGUAUGUGUGUGUGUGUUUAAAAGCUUACCAGUUUAAACAUAAGCGUGUCAGGGAGUUGAGUCAUUCAGGGAAUGUCUGAAAGCGAAGUCUGCUUUAUGAUUGAAAUUUUACCAGGAUCACUUCCAAGAGCACUGACCUCGGAGAGUCAGUGUUUCCAGCACUCAGAAAGUAAAAUAUACGCAAGGAUUACCCAGAGCAGAAGCUAAUUAUAUCUCCAAGUUCAGUGGCACCUCUCUCUAACCUCCAACGCUCCUCCCCCUUCGUCUCCUGCUGCAUUCAGGUGUUUAAUGAGAUAGAACUGAUGCAUGUGUGUGAGUCUUGCACGUUUUACACAUAGGCAAUCAUGCAACAACACGCAACCAUACCGCUUUAUCCCUCCCCUCUGCCUUCUACCAGUCCCACCCCUCUCACGGUCUCACCUUUCCUGCCCUUCAUUAUCCCGCAGUGUCCCGCGUUGGGUGCUGCAUGACCCCAAGCAGGGGCUCGCAAUCCUCUGAUUUAACCGCCCCUCCUGGCUCGGACACCGGCGUCCUCCAUGUUGAUUGCAUUCGCCUUGAAGUGAGACUUGGCUGCAUUUCCUCUGAGACAGAUAGACAGAUGGACAGAGAGGGAGGAAGGGUCACAAGAAUUUGAUAUCUGCCUUGAUAUUGUUUUCUAUAUUGUCAGUCUGUUAUUAUCAGCUGUCAUGGAUCCUCUCUUUCAAGGAAGCUGAGGGGACAUGAGAUCACCUUGAAGUAUAGACUCUCCUGAAUAUCAGAAAGGCUGUAAUCAGAAAACUGUCAGGUUUGCUGUACAAAGCUGAGGUUGUGAAGACUUUUCAAAUAAUUUAAUGGAUUUUGAAUAUCUGAUCUAACAUUAUUUAUGUUAUUUUAUCUCCAAUUUUUUUUAAAAGUGCAUAAAUGUCAUGUGCUAUCAUGUCUCCUUUUUAGUGAUGUAAGUAUAGAUGGAAAACCUUUAAUAAAGUAGUUUUGGGUGAAUUUACUUCAGGGGAAACACACUGGUGAACCAAGCACUUACAGUACACAAUACAUAUUGUCAUCUUUGAUACAGCAUCCUGUAUAAACACACAUUAUACAAAAUUAUAAUUCAUUAAAGGACUGGAUCCACCUGAUGUAAGUUGGUCCAAUGAUUGCCUUGAACAGUCCGGUUUUUAGGUGUUUAGAUGCCCCACUUACAGCUGCUUAAUUAGAGCCCCCCCCAAAAUAAAUAAAUAAAUAAAGGAACAAAUGAAUAAAUAAAAAUCUGCUACACCUGUGAUUUAAAAUGAUGUUGACCAGGGCCAAAGAUUGAACCAAAGAAAAACAGCUUCAAGAUGUUAUUGCUGUUUAAGAUCCAUAACUUAGGCCAGUAAUUACUCAGCGUUUGUUUAGCAUUCAACUUAAUAAUGACUCAGUUAAAGUUAAGUCACUCAUAUAGUUGAUAAUCAUGGGCCAACAUUGAAUUUACUUUUAAAGUGAUACAAACUGUAGUCAGCAGACUUGACACCCAACGACAGUCUGAUUACCGUAACUGUGGUUAACAUCGUUGGACACAUUUUAUAGAUCAUGCCAGUACAGCUUAAACUCACACGAGGCAGCCUUGAGGGUGAGGGUCAUAAACGGCUAAAAGCCACUAAAGUGAUUCAUAAUUCAACACAUAGAAAAAAAAAAUGCAACAGUGAAAAAAUGAAAGACUUUUUUUCUGUACUGCCUCUCUCUCUCUCUCUUUCUGCCUGUACAUUUUACACGCCAUGUGUUGAACGGAAACUCCAGCCCUGUCUAGUUGGGGACCGUUGGGUUUAUCAAUUUUACUGACAUCGGUCUUGAGUAGCAGCACCUUCAUUCCCUCAGCAGUGUUUCUGAGGAUAUAAAAAACUGAUGACAACAAUAAUGGUGAUGAUGAUGGCACAUGCGGAGGCUACUCCUACAAGCCACACAAGGUUAAACUCACGCUGCACACUAAGUGACUCCACUGAAAGUCUCUGAGUGAUGGCUGCAGUCAUUCACCUAAGAUAAUAGAUUAAUCACCCGAUCCCAGACUGAACCGUUUGCUCGGCUUGUCCUUCAGGAGAACGUUCUGUAUUUCCCAUCAUUUAAGCGUUCAUUUUUCAUGCCUCAUUCAUGUGCCCAUUUUACACCAUCCUUCAAUGUCUUCUUAUCAUUGCUGACUCUGCAGCUGCAGUCACCCAUUUGCUUUGCCCUCUGGGAGAGAGACUCCACAUCCUCCGUCUUACCGGGCGCCGCUUGUCAUACUAAUGCUGAUCAAACGCGCCUAUCAGUGUAUGAAAUGCGGUUAAUAAGAGGCAAAAUCCCUUAUUUGUUUUUGUCAAGGUCACUCAGCUUUCACCUCACAAUCUUUCAUUGAGCAAUCAGCAGCCGCAGCCAACGAUCACAAUCUUCUCUCCCCUCUACAUUCAACUCUGUACGCCAGCUGUAGGAGCAGUAUUUGGCUCAGUCCUGUCCUUGGUGCCUGAAAGCAGAGGCUAACGCAGUGGUUGUCAUGGUGACAGAGAGCCGGAGCAGGGCUGUGGUAAUACUGUAAUGAUAAAGCUCUUCUGGAUGGUGCCGCAGUAAACACAGCGCCACUAGGGUCCCGUUAAGGAAGAGCGUGGCGCACCGCCGUGCAUGCAAAACGCCUGUAGGGCUAAUAUCACCUCCGACAAUCUCUCCUCGGUUAUAUCACUUACAUUCACGCUCCCCCAGCACCUCCUCCUUUUCUUCUCCUUUAUCUCUCUUUUAUUGCUCUCUCACUCUCUCCCGUCCCCCCACGUCAUUGUGUUCUCCCCACUUUGAUCUCCUUGUUCUCCUUUCCUUCAUUCCUUUGCUCUCUCCUCUUCAUUCAUCCAUCGAAAUACAAUCAACGCUCUCCAUCACCAACUUCCUUUCUCUUUUCUCUCUCUCUCUCUCUCUCUCUCCUUCUCUGAGUCUCGCUCUUUUAAAUUUAUGUUGAUGAUCUUUCCAAAUCUAAUUUCAGAGUCUAGAGCGUGAGGGAGACUCUAUUGGGCCUUGAAGGUCAGCGGGGCUGCAGGUGUCACACAUGGCAGCGCUCCUUAAGGAAAUUCAGCGCGUAUAACUUCCCUUCAAAAUGACAGUGUGCUUCAGGAUCAUAAAUUCACAGCAUUAACGCACACGUGCAUACCUUCAUGUAGCAGAGAGAGGUGGGAUAGAGGGAGAGAACAGAGACGAGUGCCUGAGGAGAUAAAUAAGUGUGAAGUGACAGAUUGCUACUCCUCUUUUUAUCGUCUUCUUCCACCUCUUUUCUUUCUCCCUGUCUCACUCUCCAUCACCUCAAUGCAGCUCAUGUAGCUACCACUCGCUAUCUGCAAUCACACACCUCCUGUGCCUAUAAGCUGUUUGUCUCUCUCACAUUGUGACUCAUGUCGACACUCACACACACACGCACACACACACACACAUACAAACACUGCCUUUGCCUGGUACUAACUUCAACACACACACACAUACAGUGUAAACACAAACUCACCUUUACCUGUGAGCUACAUACGAGUAGUUUUAGGUACGUUUUCUGAGCAUUGUCAUCAUGGGGAUGCUUGUUCCUCUCUCCUUACUCACACAACAGAUCUCUGCUUGACAUGCUGCUGCAUAUUUAACCAGCUGCUGUGAUGGAUUGAUCAAUAUUGAUUAGAUGUUCAGAUCUACAGUGUAAUCCACUGUGCUCUGCCAUCUUGAAGCACUGUUUUAUUAAAUCACUGAAACGUUGAGUGACCCUUUGUUAAAUCUCCAGAGUUAUUGUAUUGUGGCUUUUGGCUGUACCCCGGUUAAGCUGUUGUAAAGUUGUGAUCCAUUUGAUUUAAAUAGAUUUAGCUCUCUUUGUGCUUAAAAUAGGAAGCCUUUAUUGUCAUCAUACACUGUACGAAGACAUUUAGGUUCUUAUUUAGGGAGUUUAGUCCUCUGGCUCAAUAAAUGGCAUUAAUUAUGGCUUUUUAUAAUAUAGCAUCAUGCUUUAUAUUAAUAGCAGAGUUCAGAGCUGCUGUAAUCUGUCGAGAGUGAGUGGGAUGAAAAAUUUAGGACCAAAAUAUCACAGGUAAUAAUCCAGGUGAUUUUUGGUGUUUAAGUGUUGAGAACAUGACCUACCUCCAGAUUAACUUUUUAAUUAACAAUGAGUUUAAUACACCACAGAGUUACACUGUAAUUAUCAUGUUACUGUAUUAUAAUUGGAUAAGAGGUGCAGUAAUGCAUCAAUUACUCUGUAUCCAAUGCAGAUACCUGCAAAAAUAAUCAUCACAGCUAUAACAUCUGUAUAAACCCAGUAUCUUUGCAUGAACAGCAUAUUCCAUCCGUCAUUUUACUAAACAUCUGUGGUAAAACUAAAACAAGCCUCAUCAGUGUUAUGUUAUUAAUAGAGAUAUCAAAUUUAGAGAAACAUUUCUUGGUAUCCACUUAAAUUAGUGAUUUCGUAGUUGGAUCAGCACUUGCAAAGAUCUCUCAAAUUUUGAACUUUAAACUGAGACUGAGACUCGGGCAACUGUAGUAACAGAAUAAUUGCAUUCAGUGAAACAAAGUAAGACACAAAUUGUGCUACAGAACAGUAAAGAUAAUGCUAUUUUAUAAUAAAUGUCGCACACUGCACAAUAGUUAAUGUAUCUUCCCCCAGAAAAUGGUAUUGCACCAAAACAAAACAAAACUAACCAGAUGAUAUAAUGCGGUGUAGAUAAUGUAUCAUGCACCAUUACCAGCAUUUAUUUCACUGUCAAUAUUAUACUUAUAUUAUAUUAUAAUAUUAUAAUUCAUACUGCAGAUAAUGCACAUUUCAGAGUAAGUCUCAUUUCGCUGUAGUUAAUAUAUUUUGCUCUGUAGAUCGUGUGUAUCAGACAGCUAUCAUUACUGAAUGUAUUGUAUACUGCAUUGUAGAUAUAGUAUAUUUCAUAGUAAGUAAUGUAUAUUCCACUCUGGAUAGUGUGUCUUGCCCCAGAAAAGGAUAUUGCACAAUUAGCAAAACGCAUCGUACUAGGGGGAGUGUAGUAGAUGUGCACUGUUUUUCACAGUCAGCGGUGUAUACUGCACUACAGAUGAUAUUUACUGCGCUUAGGUUUUUGUAUAGCACACAGUACACAAUGUGUAUUGCCCAAGAAAAACAUUAAAUAGAUAGCACAAUCAAAAUAUGUCUUUAUAGGGACUUUUCAGAGUAUAUUGUAAUUCAAAGUGCUUUUGGCUUUAGGGAGAUGGUUGUAGAGCUGCCUUGAUACCUGCACCAUUAUGGCCAUACAUACAGAUACUAAUAUCAGCACCAGAAUUGGUAUCUGUACAAUUAACACUAUUGUAUUAAGUGUAUUAAGUUCUUGUUAAACUGGUAUAAUGAAGGUACUCUGUACAGUCCAGUAUUUCAGUCUGAUACUGGUAUCAGGAGAGACAAUGAUAUCAGAAGACCUCUGUUCCUCUGCACACUUUGCUUCCUCACUGUUGUUCAGGAACACGUUUUGUGUUUCAGUCUCAGGUUGUCAGAUUAAAAUACUGAUGUGUUAUUUCCUGAGCGUAUAAGAUUUCCCUGCAGAGUUCCCACCUGACACUAAAGUUUAAUUUAGAGAAAGAGAGAGAGAGAGAGAGAGAGAGAGUGAGUCUGCAAAUCAGGAGAGGCUUUACAGUUGCAUCACAAAUCUCGAGUGUUUUUGCUGUAUUCAUACAGCUCCAGCCAGACGAGAGAGACAGAAUGUCUUGGGAGUAUUAUUGUUGUGUGGGAGUAUGUUAAUUCAGCAGUGUCUGAGUGAAAAAUUAGAUAAUGGCCUGGAUAAAAACUGAUCAACACUGUGGUUGUUUAUUUGUUUUAUCGGCUGUUUUUUUUUAAAGCUGAAUAUUAGAAUAGAUGUUUGAGUCCUCAUUUAUAUUUUUAUGUAUUUUUUUCUUUAGUUUACGAUCACCUACAACUAUAUUUGUUAUAAGGUGGUGUUUUCUGUCAGUAAAAAAAUAUGUUUUGAGAGUUAAAUAGGACAAUGUUUGAACUCUUCAGAUUGUAGUUUUAGUAUUUUUAGUUUAUAUUCUGCCUGUUUUUUUAGGGAGAUCUGUUCAUUAAACAGCUAUUACACAGAAAAAUAUAAAACAAUUUAACUCAUGAUUAAAUUCGGACUACAUAGAACCUUUUCAAAUGGUAAACUCCAUUGUUACAACACCUGUAGACACUCUUUGAAGCUUGACUUCUGUCCUAAAUGGUCGUAUUUGACUGCAUCUUACAGGAUGCAGCUUUAAGUUAAAUUCAUCCGUUUUGAUUUUUCUGUGGACAAAAUUCUUCCAUUUCUGAACAUGUAGGAAAAAAACCCCACAGACGACUCUUUCUUUUGCUUUAGUUUGCAGAAGUCACUUUUAUGGCUAGGACAUGUCAUUUACUAUUAACCUUUAACCAUCAUUGCUUCUCUUCUUUUUCUUUUUUUUUCCUCAUUCCUACUCCUUCUUUCCUCCUCCUUGUCUUCCCGAAAGACCUUUUGGCAUUGACACAGUCACAUCCCCUCAUGAUCACCAGAACAACAAGCCACCUCAGCUUAUCCGAGCCAAACUCAGCUCAGGAUGCCUUCCUUUGUCAGUAUUUUAAUUCACUCUCUAUUUCGACGUUCACUCCUCACCUCCUCUCACUCUUUCUGUCCUCUUCUGGAUUUCUUCAACUUUUCUUCUUUGUGCCUCUCCGCAUGGAUCCACAUCGUCUGGUCUCCCUCCCACAAGUCCGCCCCCUCCUGUGUCUCCACCUGUGUAUCCAGUAGAUAUGAUGUUAGGCCACUUUUACUUUUAUUUUCAGUUUUCAUACUGGAAUGUGUGUAUCCGUAAACAUAUAGCGGCAUCAUUAAAAAACUCACUUUGAGGAAAAAUCAAACCUAAAUCUUGCAUAACAUUUCAGUUUCAUUGCCUCUAAUCUCCCAAGUCUUACCAUCUUUUUAUUUCUUUUAUCAUUAAUGUCAUCAUAAGGAAUAAUGGCAGCAGCAUUGUAAAAAGUAAGUGCAUAGCACUUCAGGGCACAAUUCUCCUCGUUGCCCUGAUUUGUACCGAUGAAGCUUUUUAUGAUGUUCGUCCAAUGAGGGAGCAUCCUGAGCAGGUCCCGCUAGUGCUAUCCUGCCUCCCCGGGACAGGGAGGGAGGUGGUGUGGGGGGGAGUUAAGGUAGGAGGGUGAUUGAGAACCUCAGUGUGUGUGUGUGUUUUCAUGAUACAGAGGGAGAGAGCACUGCAGCAAUCUGAGAAAGUAGGUCAGACAUCGACUAGCAAGAAACAUAGCAGAGGAGAAAAGAGGUACGAAGAGGAGAUGGCAAAGGGAAGGGAAAAAGGCCGGGAAUAAUGAACGGGUGGGGGGUUGGUUGGAUGGAGGGAUGUGAGACCUGGAGUAAACCAGAUGAUCCAGUGACAUUCUUAAAAUAUCAUUUGUCUUAAUUUGCUUGAAAAGAUGCGAAAAGACUCUCUCACUGCCCCUUUUAUCCCUCCUCCCUAAGGAAAUUCUUCUCAAACAAAACCGCUUUAAUUACAAACAUUAUAAUGCUAAUUUCCCAACUAAUGGACACCAAUAUAAAAAUUAGUCCAACAAAUUGGAUAUUGACUUUUCUUGCAUUCCUGACUUUCCUGGAAGGUCACUUCUUGGCUAAAUCCUCAUCAGCUAAUCUCCGGCAUAAAUACAGCCGCUCAGCUUCUUAAGUCUUCUGCUUUCUGUCAUGGAGGCACUUGGAGAAAAAAUGUGUAGGCUCCCAUCCAAAAUCCAAUUCAAAGCAAAUCUGGAAAAGAAAAGUGAGGCCUUUCAGGAAAAACAACGCAAACUGUUUCCCUCCAUUUGCGUAGUUAUGAGGCUGUCUUUUAUAAACAUGUAGCUCUUGAUAUUACAUAAGCACACGACGUCAAAAAUACAUGAUGACACGCACAGUAUACUGAGGGCACUCAGGCUUCUUAUAUAUGUGCUCCGCUCAAGUAUGAAUUACCUUUCUCUUUUGCUUUUCAGGCCAUGUCUGUGUUUUAUUAUUUAUUUGAUAAUGCACAAAGUAUACUGCAUCUAUAAAUACACUGCAGGGGAUGUAGGAAUGGACCGCAGCAGGGGAAGAUUGUGCAGAGUCCACACACACACACACACACACACACACACAGUGGAGUUAUCACGCUACUCUAAUUGAUUCAGUGACAAUCGAAUUGGUUACAGCGGAAUAAAAAGCUUGGGUAAAUAUAGACAGUAAGUUGCAGAUCAUACAGAUGGCCAGUGAUAAAGCUGCCUCUGAGUGAUGAAAGAAAAGGAAGAAGACCAGGAAAAUAACCUCAUUGAGAAAACAACAGAGAUCUCUUUGGUGAUACUUAAAUUAUUUUACUGCUUCCUGCCAAGGAAAUGUACCCCGAGGAUAAAGUCUUGGAAGUGAACAAACAAACAUGGUGCUGGGAGACAUAGUAGUAUAGAGAGGAUGCCAUUUAUGCCAAAGGGUUCAGAUACAACCCUCCUGAGAAGAGAACAGCGUUAAAUUGUAAUUACCACAUUUAAACUUGUUACUUUCAUUUUGGGUUUGCUGUAACUGGCAGCUUCAGCCUCACGUGUGCGCAACAAAAACAUUUACUUCAGCCUGUACUCAACACAGAGCGUAAAUCAAAUGUUGUAUUGAAUGUUGACUACUCAAAAUAUCUGAAACUUACUUGGCUCAUCAGUCAAGUUUAAGGGAAGAGAUGCAAAUGUUUAUAAACUCUACAAUCAAAGAAACAGCAACAAUUUAUUUUUAUUCUUGCAACCUCAAAAUGCUGGUCCUAUGUCGUGUCUAAGCUCGAAUGCAGCCACCACCAACAGAGGCUGUAGCUUGAGGAGGUGUUCUACUAUCACAGAUGACAGAUGGCGUCUUUUAAAGCAGCAUGAAUUUUGAUCCAGAUAAUGGAGAUAAAGUUGUAUCUAAACAGUGUCUUGUUUAACUGGCUUUAACAAUACAGGCAUGUGGAUAUGUACCUGUAAGCAGCACUGAAGACUGGUGGUGCUAGCUCUACAAAUGUUAGUCUCUGUUAGUCUCUUGUUUAUCCGCAGACUGUAUGAACCUGUGUUAUCCUGUGAAUUUGAAUUUAUUGUUUAGACAACAACAAAUGUUCAAGGAUGCAAAUAUGUCUCUUUAAAUAUUAAAGGAAAAGAUUUUAAAACAACUGAACUGAGUCAACCUUACAUUUGUACGGUGUGACAUCUUGUUCCUCCUCUGUUCUUGGACAUUAAUUGGCAGAAAAAAAACUGCAGCUCACUUAAACCGUGUCAACAAACUCCUGUUUUGAGGCUCAUAACAUAGACUUAUGAGCAAGCUCUGUGACAAUGAGCUAUGAGGCUGAAGUGCAGGGUUUUCUGGACUAUUGCAUGCAGAUUAUCAGUUAAUUAUUGAUGCUAUCUUUACAGCUAAGCUUCAGCAAUCAGCUCUAGCAGAUUACCACAAAGAAGUUAGCACCAUUUUUGACUGAUCUUUCCUUUUAUGUUUUGGAUUUAGGACUACAUGAAUGCAUGGCAAUUUUCUCCCCCUUUUCUUUUGAGCGUUUCUUCACUUGUUGUGCAGAUCAGAGGUUUUAAAUGGUCCUUGCAGACCGAAUAAAAGUUGCGGCUAGGACACAGAAAAAGUGCUUGAUGAUUCUGAACCUAAAACACUUGUUCUGUGUGAAUUAUUAUGCUUGUUAUUUAAUUUUAGAACAUUGUUGAAUAAAUAAAUAAGGAUACGAUAUCAUAAUUCCAAGCCAACCCUUGGAUAGACUAUUUAUAGCACUAUUAUGAUCUGAUGAACUUCCAAAUGCUGUCUUCAUUUGCUGAUGGCACAUGAUAUGACAAGAUACUGACAGCACAUCUAUUUUUAUGGCUUCAUCUUUCAUUACAAUCACUUAUGACUGUCACAUAUCAUUUGAUCAGGCUUAAUGAGUCUGAUUAUCCUUGGACUUUGUUAACAACAGUCAAAUUGUGUCAAGGUCCUUUUCAGGGCAGGUCCACUUCACCCCUUUGUCAGCAACAAAAAACUCAUUUGUUCAAGAUUUGGUGAAAAUCAAAGGCUCUGAGAAGUACCUGGUGGUAUUCUUAGUAAUCAGGCAGCACAUGUUUGUUUAACCUUUCCAUUCACUAAUGCUUUUACUUGUAUGUUGCUUUUCAGAACCCUAUUGUGAUAUCUAGCUGACUCUCUUUCUCUUGCUGUCUUUGCUUUCUUUCUUCCAGUAUGUGGCAUUUGGCUCCCUCUUCUUCAUCCUCAUCUCCAUCUCCACUUUUUGCAUGGAGACGCAUGAGGCCUUCAACACCAUCAUCAACAAGACAGAGACGAUCUCAGUGGGCAACACGACCCAAGAGGAGAUUGUAUACGAAGUGGUGACUGACAGCUGGUUGACAUACGUGGAGGGAGUGUGCGUCAUCUGGUUCACCAUUGAGGUCCUGCUUCGAGUCACCUUCUGCCCAGACAAGUUGGAGUUCUUUAAAAGCACCCUCAACAUCAUCGACUUUGUGGCUAUCCUGCCUUUCUACCUGGAGGUAGGUCUGAGCGGUCUGUCCUCCAAAGCUGCCAAGGAUGUCCUGGGGUUCCUACGUGUUGUCCGGUUCGUCCGUAUCCUUCGAAUCUUCAAGCUAACUCGCCACUUUGUGGGUCUCCGUGUCCUUGGCCACACCCUUCGUGCCAGCACCAAUGAAUUCCUCUUGCUAAUCAUCUUCUUAGCCCUUGGUGUCCUCAUCUUCGCCACUAUGAUCUACUAUGCUGAACGAAUCGGCGCAGAUCCUGAUGACCCGACUGCCAGUGCCCACACUAACUUCAAGAACAUUCCCAUUGGAUUUUGGUGGGCUGUUGUAACCAUGACCACCCUGGGCUAUGGAGAUAUGUACCCCGAAACGUGGUCAGGGAUGCUGGUGGGUGCGCUGUGUGCCUUGGCUGGUGUGCUGACCAUUGCUAUGCCUGUUCCUGUAAUCGUCAACAACUUUGGCAUGUACUACUCUCUGGCCAUGGCCAAACAAAAGCUCCCUAAAAAGAAAAACAAACAUAUCCCACGAGCGCCGCAACCAGGGUCCCCCAACUACUGCAAGCCAGAUGCUCUGGCAAUGGCUACUGCAUCACCGCAAAGGCUCUUGGGAAAUGUCCUUGGUGGAGUGAUGGGAUCUGGAGGCAUCGGCGGUGACUGCCCUCUGGCCCAGGAAGAAAUUAUAGAGAUUAACAGAGGUAAGACACUCAGUUUAAGUUUAGUUCCUUUGUUUUAGGACUGAGGUUUUUGUUUCUUAAUUCAUCAACUUAAAUUACUCAAGGGUUAAAUUUAUUAAUUCUUUAGAAAGAGAUAUUAUACCUCUCUAGAAUUGGUCAUAAUUUGCGGUCAAAUUAAUCCGACAACCAUGCCCUAAAGUAUAUGCCAGUUUCUUGCUGGCAGACACUCAAAGUGAUGAUUUCAAGGGUCAGGUUAAGGAUUAGAGUAUCAAGAGGGAGAAAGUGGCUGUACUGUCAAGAAGUGAUGCAUAGUUGAUUCUGGAUCCACCCUGGAGAAAUCACGGGCCCAUCAGAACUCAUAUGUAAUUUAUGAUCAACUGGUAGGUCUGCCGUUGCCUUAAGGGCGCCCAUCUGUCAGUGGGAAAACAAACACCGCACAAGGAAAAUGAACUCAAUUAUCUGUUAAAGCGGCCUAAUGCUUCUCAUUUUAGGCUGACUACACAUAUUUUCUUCCUUGCAUGAGCAUUAAAAUGAGGACGAGUGGUUAUUUCUCGCUCUUUGUUUGGUCUCCACAUGCAGCAGCAGGCGUCAGACACAUGUAACAGUGAUGCAGCCUUAAUGCAUUACUUUACUGCUUUAGUCAUCAGUAAGACAGAGAAUAUUGGUUUCAUCAGUGCUUUUACUACAUCCUCUAUGCUUGGCUUUCUCCCAGACAGAAGAGGCUCCUUGUAGGUUGUGUCUGGAGUUUUUUUUCUAAGUCAGAAUUUGUAUGUAUCAAAUUUUUUACAACUGGCUCCGAGUUUGCUCUGCGGUGAAAUCGCCACAUGCUUCAACAAAUCACAGAACAACACAUUUGGUUGGUUACAUAUUUCAGUAUAAUGCUUUAUUGAAUGUGUGGGUGAGCACAACAGAAGUCAAUCCAAACCAUUAGCGAGUAUUGGCUGCCAAUGGAUAUUUUUGUGAUCGGAGCCCAAACUGAAUGAGUAAAAAAAGAAAAAAGCCUUCGGGACAUGCAAAACAGAAAUACAAUCUAGGUAGUAAGUUGGUAGUUUUUCUAUUAACGUCAUCGUUGGCAACAAUUAGUUUUCUUUCAUUGAUCCAUGAGUCGUUUCAUUGUAUUGAGUUUCUUAUAUACUGAUAAUUAAAUGUCUGUCAUACCUAUAUAUCAAAAUUGGAAACUCUUUAGUGGCUGUAGCCUGUGUAUUUCUUAUUAAGUUAAAAGUUACCAAUAGUUUCCUUUGCUUUGUCCUUACCCACCCUCCAGAUUCCAAGCAGAAUGGUGACGCAGCCUCGGCAGCCCUAGCUAAUGAGGACUGCCCCACCAUCGACCAGGUGCUGAGCCCAGACGAGAGGAGCCCGAUUGGGCGAGGGCCUACCAGGGAACGCUAUCAGCAGGACCGCGCCUGCUUCCUGCUCAACACCAGGGAAUUCCGAGCCACAGAUGGGAAUGUGCGGAAAGGUACGUUUCACACUGGGGGACGGAUACAUAAACAUCUUAUAUAAACACAUCAAGAUGCCAGGCAAAACAUAUUGUUAACAUACACAUUAAAUACGUACAUCCAGAAAGUACACAUAAGCUACUUUGUGCAAAAAAACAUCAGGUCUGAACAUUUAGGGAAGGUGGGUUGGAUAAAAGACUACAUAUCAACCUGAUAUCAGAAGCCUUCUCUACAGAUCGAAGGCUCCAAUUUUAGCUAACACACAUACAGUAUUCCUUCACUCAGCUGCAACAAAUGCAUCUACACGUAGCCUUUCUGCUCUGCUCUAUUUGUUUCCACCUCUUCACACUCAUGUUGUCAGUGUUUCCAUCACCGCUUGGUAUCAUUUUUUGAUUUCUUCUGUCUACAAGGUUUUCUGUCCCUCUGCCUCUCUCCUUUUCCUUUCUAAUCCUCUCCCAUCUUUCUACAUCGUCUGUGAAUUUAGUUGUGUGUCUCAUAAUGUCUCAAUCAUUCAUGCUCAUUAACGAUCUGUCUUUCUCUGUCUCUGGACUCAGACAGUUGACCAUGCAUUAAUUUACUUCUCGUCACUUCUGUUUCUCCCUCUCUGUUUCUCUCUCUCCUGCCUCGCAUCAUCCUUUUCUUUUUUGCCCUUCCCUCCCUUUCCCUCCCCCUGUGGUAUCUUCCCCCCCUAACUCCCCUCACAUUUCCCUUCCUCACCCCCUCCCUCCUUCCUCCUCUAACCCAUCUUGAAACCCAUGCAUUAAAUGCCCUUUUCUUUUCCUUUUGUGCUUCACCAUAUCCAACCCCCUUUCCUUUUUUUUAAAACCCAAUGUGCAUUAUAAUCGUGCUCAUCAAAUCCUAACACCUUUAUUCAUUUACUACUGCAAAUCCAACCACCACCACUGCCGCCAACCUGCACCAAAACACUCCCUUACACUCCCUCCAAACUUUCAACACCCCCCUUGUUGACAACAAACUAGAGGCAGCAGCCCUGGCACCCAGCCCAGACUCCCCUCUGACUGAGGAUUGGUAUAAGAUGGAAGGGUCUCUGUUACAGCAGGACCUCAAUGCAAACUCCACCUCCUCCUGGAUCAAACCAUAGACCAGAGGUAACACUGACAAAAGUUUAAAACGAAGGAGACCUUAGCCUAGAGAACCUGUUACACAAACUAUGCAGACGUUUUGAUCCAGCUCUCUUUUACUUUAGCAUGUAUUUCACAAACUACACAACAUCAGUGCAGCACUUACUCCUGACAUAAACGCAUGCAUUACUUCAGAUCACAGAUACACCACCAUGUCCACAGUUUUGUGUCUACAUGUCCAAUGGAAGGGUCACCUGAGAGGAGUCUUCUCUUUGACUUAAAGUGAAGAAAGUGUUGUCCUAAUUUUAUGUAUUACAUUCAGAAGAGUUGAGCAAUACUUUGGCGUAUGUAGCACUUCAGGGUUCACCAUUUUGUGAGCUUUUCUUACAGAUGAAACUUUACCUCAACACAGUAUCCUACCAGCAUACACUUUUGUGAACUCAGUCCACUGAACAAUAUGUGAAAAUAUUUUGGAAAGAAUUUUGGGAAUUCUUUGUAAUCUACUAGCACAACAAAUCUGUGUAUAUUUGUGAUCACGUGUCUGUAACAGAGUUUGAAAUUUGCAUACAUUCACGAGCGCUUCCAUAUGGGCGUGCACGUCUUCAAAUAUAACAUCCAACAGCUCCACUGAGAAUAACCCAGUUGUCGUGUCCUGUGUCAAUAACUAAUAAAACAUACACUGUAGAAGAUUGAACGGGAACAGCGGGUCACGUUGUUGUCUGAUGUGCCUCUGUGUUGUUGUUGUCUCUCUCUUCAGGUUGUGUCAUAUCACGCGUGUGUAUGUGGGCUUUUUCAUUCUUACGUGUUAUACACUGUGUCUCUGUCCUCUCAAUGCCGUCUGAGUGUUGUGUUUGUGCUGUCGUGUGUGGCUUAAUUUCUUUUCUCCCUUCUACUGUGUUUAUUCGUGACGCUCCCUAACCCCACGGACCUCCACCUUGGCAAACAAAAGCACACACUGCAAUUUAAAAAGGCCUGGUCUUGCAAAAUAUACAGAAUGUAUUAGUUGCGAAUGCACAGAUUAACUCAACCUUCAAAAGCACUUAAAUCCCUCUCUGCGAGAAUACAAUUCAGGAGCUGAGAUGUGUGAGUUUACAUGAAUAAGUGCCAUGUAUUUUUGUAAAAAUCAAUUGAUCAGCCUUUAAAGUGUCACAUAUUAAUGUUAUAGUGCAGUGCUGUAAAUUGUACAUCUUCCCAAGGCCAAAGGUCACUUGGGUCAUGUGGAGCCACCUGGGUCAGGGGAUAGUACCUCUUGAAACAUGCCACGCUAAUAACAAGCCAACAUCAUUCCUUAAUCUUUGCAAACAGCUUAACUUCGACUUUCAAAAGACUGUGUUGUGAGCGUGUGAUGGAUCUGAAAUACUACUCCCUAGACCAAGUGUUUGUGCUUUCAGUGCCAAGUGUAGUCCAAAGUUCAGGACCCGUUGUGUUUGUACUGUGGAGACCUGGAUAGAAAUCAAAAAGGAUUGCAGGCUGCACUCGGUGACUGAAACACUUACUGAGCAGACAGACAAAAUGCUAUGACAGAUUUGAUUGAAAAGUGGCUACAUGAUGUCUAAGGUAAGCAAGCCUCGAGCGAUAUCCAAGCCCUUCAUUUAGAGAUUCCUCAACAUUGCUUCAGUUCUAAUGGUUCUUGUGUAUAAACUGCAAUUUAAGUGCUACAAAAAAAUCCCUCUUUAAAGCAAAUCAGGAGUCCAUAUUAGGGGAAUUUGUGCUGAUGUUUCUUAAAGUAAAGCUGUGUGACUGGUGGUUUUAUUUCGCAUGGCUGAAAGAUCAGUCUGGAUUAUGUCGAGUCUGGUGAACUUGACUAUAUAGUAGUCCACAUCUUUGUUAGAUGUCUAACAUUGCAAACUAACAUUUCUAACAAUCAGCUGAAAAAUGCUCUGAGAAGAGAAAAGCACCACUUAAAAGAUUCUCCUUGUUUUUAAAGAGGGAUUCUGCUGCUGUCAGAAACUCAUUCUUGUGUGCUUCAGUUGUGAUUUAUUUUAUAAAUGCGCGCAUAAAGAUGUCUUUGCUGACUUAUUAUUUUAGCCUUUCAGUUUAUUCUCUUUAAUUGUCGGCCAUAACCUCCGAAGCACCAAAUGUAAUAUGCAUGUCUCACUGAGGUCAAAUGGUCAAUCUCCUCUUUGAUUGUCCACUCCUAGUCACUCCUCCAGACAUCCUUCAAGGGUCUCCUUUCUUUCCAUCUCUUCCUCUCUCACUCCUGUUCUCCACUUCCUUACUCUCUCCUUAUCCUUAAUGUAUUUGUAGAAGUAGUAUUUCUUUAUUUACUUGUGUUUUGUGGUUAAUUUCUUUUGUGAUUCUAACACUUUGUGUAUUUUUGUGUUGUUUUAAGCAGUGCUUUUGUUUCAAUGUGUUGUAGUGAUAUAUUUUUUACUUCUUUAUAAUGUGUUAAGGGUUGAAUUGUAUCUUUUUUUCAUGAACAUUUUGAUGUUGUCUGUGGUUAAGGUUUCUUUAAAUUUUUUGUUCAGCUGUGUUCUGGUGUUUGAUGUUUGGACUUCCUCUGUGUUCUUCCUGUCUCUCACCAUCACUUAAUGUCUGUCCUCUAUGAAUUGGAAAAAGGAGAUGAACAAAAAAAAAUGUAACUAAUUUACAAAGAAAUGGCUCAAAACUUUCUGGUUCAGGACUUUUUCAACCAUAUUAUUCAUCCCCUAAUUUUGACCUUAUACAGGGUUUUGCUAUUGGACCUAAAUGUAGAUUAUAUAAUCUUGACUUGACGGCUGAUAGAAUAUCUGCACUUAUCUGAAACAAUAAUGACUCAAUGGUAACGGAAUCCUGUACCUGCCCUUAACAUAGAAUCCUGGUAUAACUAGCGAUGACGAUUUCCUUUGCCUAUUUGCCCUUUGCUCAUAUUUCAUCUUUCCUUAUUGUGACGUUCACAAUAGUGGUUAUAAUGCCCACUAUGAUAGCUGAAUUGUUUUUUAUUGUCACUUGCCACCACGAGAUUUCUUCUACUUUCUCUUAUUCUCUAAAACCCCAAAACUUACUGCUUAAACUCUCAUGUGCAUAGCAGUGUGUGUAAAAUGUGUUUUAUGUGGUAUCACUUGUCGCUGUCUUUGUUUGUGGUCAAAAACAUAACCAACAUUGUAACGCAUGUUCUGACAUGUGUACUGUUAUCACUGUCUUUUUCUGUAUUGCUUCAUCACAAUACACUGCAAAUGUUCUCCUAUCUGAUCCAGAUUAUUACCCCAGAAAAGUAAUGAGAUGUCAGAUACACAAUCCUCUCUCCAAAAAAGUUGGGAUGCUGAAUGAAAUGUUGAUAAAAACAGAUUUUGGUGGUUUAGAACGUGAGCAGUGACAACACGACACUGAUAAAUUAUUUAAUACUAAAAAACAACAGGAAGGACAACCCACCAACAGAUGAGUUUAAUUUGAAACAGGCAAGCAACAUGACUGGAUACGAAAAGGGCAUUACAGGGAGUAGUGAAGAUGAGUUAUAAAGCCUGAUGGCUGUUGGUACAAAAGAUCUUCUGAAUCUUUCUGUCCUGCAGCGAAGAGAGAGGAGCCGUCCACCACCAUUGGCCCUUUGGUCCAUUAAGGUGUUGUGAAGUGGGUGAUCCAUGUUCUUUAGAAUAGUCUCCACCUUCCUCGGUGUAGAUCUCUCCACCACCACCAUUGAAAAGAGUUUAGGUAUUUCAUCGUUUCAACUGUGUUACAUUUUCAGACUAUUUAAACAUCUGGAGGAAUCUCUGUGCAAAAGAGACACGUCUGAAAACCAGUACUGAAUAGCAAUACUGACAGGUUUGAAGCGGCAAGUGCUGCUUACCCAACAGUACCCUUUUUCAGGAAAGACCUUACAUAGUGUUUCACCAAGACAGUGAAAAACUACAUUUUGCAUAUAUUACAGCACGGCUCCACAGCAGGAGAGUCAGGGGAUUACACUGGCCUGCUUACAGUCCAGACUUGUCACCCGUUGAAAACAUUUGGGGCAUCAUGAAACAAAAAUACAACAAAAGAUACUUAAAACUACUGAGCAGCUGAAAUCCCAUAUCAGGUCAGAAUACAACAUUUUACUCUCAAAACUUCAGAAACUUGUCUCCACAGUUGCCAAAUGUUGAGGGAGUUUUUGUUAAAAGAAGGGUAAUGCAACAUAAUAAAAAACAUGCCCUUGUACCAGCUUUUUCAACAUUUAGCUGAUAUUAAAUUACAUUUUUCAAUUCUUACACUUAAUAUGUUGCCUUUGUGCUAUUUUUUUUAAAGAAAUGUAGGGUUGAAAUGAACUAGAAACCAUCAAAAUCCGUCCCCAUUAACAUUUUACGCAACAUCCUGAUUUCUUCCGAUUUGAGGUUGUACUUAUGUAAAAUAGCUAUCCAUGUGUACAUACGUUAAAUAUUUAAGUCAGUGUCUGUAUAAGAGGUUUACAUAUAAAAUAUUAAAUAGAUGAUAACAGCAGAUGUAUCUAAGUCUGUAUGACCUAUAUGGAGCUAAGAAAGAAGAUGCAGGAUGUAGCUGCAUGCCAUCGAGUUUCCCCAAAAGACAUUCAAGACACUGCAUGUUCUGUGUGGACACAUUCAGGCUUCAAUAAUGCUCAUAAAGGGAUCAAUAAAUCUAAUUAUGGGUAACUGGAUAUUAAACCAUCUUUAAGCAGGCAAUUGAUCCCGUGUAAUGAUACAGUAUGUGGCCAUGCCGAGAAUAGCAUCUGAACAGUCAGCAAAUCAUGUGUGUGCACUGCAGGCCAGCAUACACUCAUGAAACAAGAGAACAUAUGAAUGAAGAAACAGAGUAAGGCAGCAGAGUAAGCUCUGUGUCUCUUUUACUGGAACGAUUGAAUCUAAAUCUGUUUGGUGAUUAUAUCCUUGGUGAAGUCUGGUCAGAAAAUUUGCAGUUCUCCCUCUCUGUAUGUGUCUGUCCUCCCUCUCCACAACCUUCUCCUCCUGUGAUUAACACUCAUUCUUCAUCCCAUUCCCAGGCCGCCACUGCAGUGCAAGUGUAUCUAAAGUCUGACUGUAGGUAGGUACUUACUUCCUCCACAGCGUAAAUUAAGUGUGACUUUGGACAGGAAUUAUGUCAUCACUGAAUACGGUGACAGCUAGACUCGCUGGUUCCCUUGAUAGACAAUCCCAGAGCACCAAACCCCUGUUGAUGUUGUAAAUACAGUACUUAGCAGAGAGAGGAGCUAGCUAGUAGAGCGUGACAGACUGCAGUGGCUGAGACAUGAUUAGCUUCAUCAGCAGAUUUAUUGUAAUUUCUGAAACCUAUUCCAGUCAGCACUACCUCUAUAAUAAGAGCUAAUUUACCUCCAAGUUUAUACUAUUUUUCAUCAGUUUCACCUUCACCUAAUCAACAGAUUUUCUUCUCCUAUCCAUCUGCUCAUAUUACUCUCGACAAGUGUUUUAAAUCCUCUAAUUUUGGACCAAAAAUUAAAGCAAAUCUGUUCAAAGAAAUACAGUCAUACUAUUUAAAUCUAAAAAAAGUAUGGAUGCAAAUCAUAACAUACUGUAUAUGAUUUAUAACCUCCCUUGUAGCAGCUGUGCAUAUUCGUCUCUUGCCAUCUCCCUUCUCCCCUAUGCUGCAUGCUGAUUUUUGCGAGGUACUAAGAAUACAUCCAAAGGACUCUGUUCCGGUUUCAAAACCUUUUGUUGUAGCUUCAAACAAAGUCCUCACAAACACUGCUCUCCCUGAAUGCUUACUCUAAAUCUGUGGGCAUCCAUCACCAUUAAUACAAGAAAGCAGCCAUGUUUAGUCUUUUUUAAUAUCUAAUGAAACUAACAGAGCUUAAAGCUUAAUUGCAGUUGAAUAAACAAUACAACAAAUUCCCUACAUAGUCAGUCAAGCUGUUCUGAAUGUGCCUCAAAACUAUAUCUAAAUUUUUAUUAGGUAUGAUCAUUUUAGCUGCAUUAACACAAACUCAAUGGGUGUCUAUUUCACAAAUACUGAACUUUAGAUAAAAAAUCAACACUUUAGAUUAUUAGAGUUGAAAAUUAGGUUGAAGUGGUAGAUUAAAAUUUCAGUCAUGAUUUAUUAAUUACACAAAUGUUUACCUGUGUAAAGAGCUGUGUGCAGUACUACCUUGUCGGUUACUCUUUUCUUUUGCACUAGCAGCACCUGUUUUUUAUUCAAACUCAAUCAGCACUUAUGCUGUGUUCCAGUUACCUCAGAAGUUGAUGUCAGAGCUGGGAAUGAUGCUACACCCGAGUUGACAGCGUUCCAGUUAACAAGUCCUAAAACCAAGAUGGACGCCUACAGUUACCCAAUGUUAGCCGUUAUCAGUUGUUGUUAGCGGUUGUCAGGUGUUGUUAGCGAUACCAGUUGUAAACAACGCACAACACAGUAUUCUACUCUACAAACACCGUAGCACCGUGUUCACAGUUAGACGUUGGGCAACACAACAUAUACCACUUAUUUAAUUUCACCAAAACAAAACAGAAGUGCUAAUAAAAAUACAUUAAAAGAACUUUUACUGUUACUCUAUACUAUUGAUGCACUGCGCUGCCAUCUUGGAUGAUGAUGUUGCUGUCAAAUCAGAGUUGGUGAGGAUUGUCUGACUUUCCGAGUCAGAACGUUCCUGAUUAAUUUCCGACUCGGCGCUCGGAAAUCCCGAUUUACGAGUACAACUGUAAUGCAGCAUUAGCAUCCUAAAUGCAAAAACACCUCAGCUGUUCUAUGUUGCUGUGGUUAUGAUUCCCUCAGUUGAACAUAGAUCCACUCAAGUGUUGCCAUACUUGUCACUGUCCAAAUAAAAUAAAGAAGAGGUGGGACUUCUGAGAUUAUUGCCUCAGUGGCAAUGGUUGAGGUCCAUUUAGAGAGGAGAUUAGCCAGGCUUUUUUUUUUUUUUUUUUUUUUUUUUUUUUUAACAAUCACAGAACUUCACCAUUUGGCCAAACUGGCACCAUAACCACACUUAUCUCUUUGUGGUGCAAUGCUGAGGUCUGUUCUGAGCUGCUGUUCAUGCCGUAACAUAUUUUCUAUUGCACAUAGCCUUUUUAAAAUAUUGUUGGAUAAAUGAGAAUAGGAAGCCAAUCGAACACUGUAAAACAGGCUUAACAGUCACUUUGACAGACAAUUCAUGCAAGGAAUAAACUGUAUGAAUUGGUGAAAGUCACUCUUAAAUUGAGGUUGUGGGUGCUGCUAGCGCAAAAAGUGGCGGUAUGACAGAGACAGUAAAUUUUGCUAAAAACAUGAUAGUCUAUAAUACAACGUUCUAAAAGUUCAGGUAGAGGGUUUCACGUGAUAUGAAUUAAUCCCUAAGUUUCCUAAGAAGUUUAGGUUUUGUGCUCGUCAAGUAACAGGCAUCGUUUUAACACUAUAAAUAAAAACUGGUGAAGUUUUUGUUCUUGUUCCUUCUAAUGCUGACUCCUUAACUCUGAUUUAGCAAAAACUCAAUAGACUUCUAAAAAUUAAUGCGACCCGACAGUUUGUCCUGAUACAUUUGGGUGGCAAAGAGAAACACUUUUUGGAGCUGAACCCGAGAAUGGAGGCUCCACAGAUUGGCCGUACAGCUUCACAGAAAUCUUUGUGUGACAUGUAGCCCGAGAAAAGCCAACAAAAAAAUAUGCAUCAUUAAUAUUUUACCGCCUUGCCAUUUGACUAAUGCGCCUGAGCGAGUCAGAAUAAAAAAAGAACUUUUAUUCAUGGUUGGCUCAAAUGGUGCGUAAUCCAGAACGCUGGAGUUAUUGGCGUGUUUUUCCAUUUUAGCAGGAAGGCACAAAGGGUGUCAUAGUGCGUGCACCAGUGGGUGUUUUUGUGGUCUGACUGUGGCCUUGUGAUGGUUGGAGUUUGACAAAAGUUUCCCACUGAUAACUUGGCAUUUCCCAAAAAAAUGUUUGCUUUACAGUUUGAUGCACAAUUGAGUCCUUAUAUAUGAAUGUUAAGUUUUAAAGAACUGUUAAACUCCACUCAUUUCAGGUCAGUUAGCCAUUGUUAGGGCAGAAUAAUGACUACCUACCAAUGGUGUUUACCAAUUCACCCGAUGCAACAACACUCAACUCAGCAUUCAACUCUAUGUGGCUGCUGCAGGGGUAAUUCAAUGUCUGCAUGCUAUUUUUCACACUUUAACUACAGCGGGAAAGGACACAGAGGUGUUCAUUUCUUUUCUUGAAUAUCAGUUUAGUUACAAACACGUGUGUUGUACAAGAACAAUGAAUAAUUUUCAUUCUCACUUGUACAGACAUUUUGAAAUAAAUUGAGCUUUCCUGCCAUGUGUCAUUUCCCGCUGUAAAGGAAUAUGAGCUGAUCUCCACUACAGGAUACGAUUACAGGGGUUAGGAAGUGCUGUUAAAUGUUACAGGAAGGGGUUUUUUGUGUUGGCCAUUUGGAGUUUACAGGAACCAAAAUCAAUCACUGAAUGGGUUUUUAUGAACAAAAAAUUAAGGCAUAUACUAACAACACAUCACUUCUACAGUGAUUUAUUUCUCAACUUUGUGACCUGAAACUUCAUGUGGUCAACACUUUCAGUGUCCCAGUGAUUUCUGAAUAUCUGCUCUUUUGUGUUUUUGUGUAACUGUAAGGUUUCGGCCAGAUGGUUGUCUAAAGCAUCUAAAACUCACACAUUAAGCUUCAUAUAUUAGGUGCUUUAUUCAAUGGGCCCAUUAUAGAAGUAAAAUCUUUAAUAUCAAAGAGUCUUUUGCUUUCCUGUUGUGAAAAAAAAAAAAAAAACAUAUCAUAACUCUCAUUUUCUUGUUUUGUCUUGUCUUGUUUGUCUUGUCUGUGUCUGUCCAUGUAUGUCUUUUAAAUGUCUUUAUGAUUUAACAUUUUCAACAACUUGUUCUUGCUUUAUUCUCUUCACUUCUGUGCUUCUUUUUGUAUUUUGAUUUUCUGCUUGUAACAUCUUAAACCAUGGUCAUAUUAUUUUACUAUUGAAAUUCAUAACAAACCACCUGGAUAUGAAAUUUUGUGAUAACAUGGCCGAACAUUUCAACUAUGAUUUCUCUUUAUUUGCAUAUUAUAUAAAAAAAAUCAACCACAUUAUAUUAAUACAUUAUAAUUUUUAAAAAAAUAUAUUCACUAAAGCAACAGGCUAUGAGAAAUCUCGCAGUCUUAAUAACAUAUCCGGAAUGGCGGGGUCCUCACUGCGGCUUGCCCCCAUCACUAGCCCACCGUAUGAAAACUAUGAGACCCCAGGACAACUCCGUCGCUGUCGGUCCCCCAUCCCUUCCAUUUUGUAGCAGACAGGCUCUUAAUGAUUGAAUGAAAGAAAAUGCAGAUGAUUAGCUAUACAGACUGACAGCAGUGACGGAUCGAACAAUGUGCAAAAACAAUAGCAAUAACAUCAACAUGAACUUGAAUGUAGGAGGAAUGACCACUCAUCUUGUGAAUCUGGUUGUUACGUUUAUGUUGCAUGCAUCAGGUUAGCUGAUGGGGUCAAAGAAGAAACAUUUUAAAAAAAUUUAUAUUUGGAAGUGACUAAAAUAGUAUCAGAUGUUAAAAAAAGAAGAAAACAACAACAGUUAUGUUCAAAAACUUAAGUGUGUAGAUGAUCAUCCAUUUUUAAGUGUUCUGAACCAAACAAAUAAAAGCUGGAAACACAGUCCAGAGCAACAACCAUGAAACAAAACACUUCAGUUCAUUUAGCCAAAGACAAAAAUACAUUUAUAGAUUAUAUUGAUGUUAAACAGGUUUCUACUUUCUGUCCUUUGCAGAUAUUGAUGUAUGUACAGUCUAGAUCUUAGUUUGGUAUCUGUCUCUCUCUCUAAAACAAAACACAACUGAACACUUCUUUAUGGCUCAGUGUUAGCACCUAAUUUUGCAUUUAAAGACAGUAAAAAAAAAAAGGACACUUUGUUAGUAGUUUCCACGGCAACGCUAAGUGAUGUCAAAAGUUAGAUAUAAACACUUACGUUUAGUGAAAAUUUUUUUAAAGUAUUGUACCAUAAGAGCUAUCUUAGUCAUAAAGCCAAACCUUUAGAAUUACACUCUUUUUUAACAUUAUUGCUGAGAUACAUGUAAUAGUGGCCAGUUUCAAGUCUGUUGAGUCAUUGCCUCUGAUGAUUUCAUGCUAACUGUGUUAUGAAGGCCUCACGCAGGAGGCAUGUUGGCUGCAUGACGGCUGGGAUUUUUCUUUUCAGCAUGCACGUUAACAGAUCAGACCAUUCAGGAGUGCUUCUCAAGUCCAUCUUAUGUGUUAGGACCAACCUUCAAAACCUGUGUCAUGUGAAAACAAUCAGUCAUAACUUAUGUAUGCAUCAGAUACAAAACUUCACCUAUCAAACAGUCUACCACCACCUCUCUCUGCCUCACACAGCUAUUUGAAAUGUAAACUAAGGACCUGUAUGUAACGUUCAUAAGGUCAUUUUCUAAAACAUUCUUACCUCUCCCGCAUAAGUAUGGCAAACAACCUGUUAGUUGACAAUUCUGCAUAUGUUCAUUUUAUGUACCUGUAGCCAUAAUAAUGUGCUUUUUAACUGCAAAGAAUGAAUGUCUGUGACAUCUGUAAAGCCAAGACAUUUUAAUAACAGAUAGUUUAAGGCCUUAUUUUGGGUAAAACUAAUUGGAGAGACAGAUCCAACAGCAGCAGCAGCCCACAUGCAGUCUGUGUGAAUACCAUGUUGACAUGAGCUGGAGCCGUCACAAACAGGAGCUGUAAUGCAGCUAUUGUGCUCCUUGCCUGGAGAAGGCCUUAAUCAAUGUCUCUGAUUAUCUCAAAUACUUUCAUAACAAAAAAAAUCCAGAAAUAGAGUCUCAACCAUUGCAUGUGUUAAAAUUUAAAUGACAGGUAAUUCAAAUUAGUUGUUCAAAUUUAUUUUCUAUGGGGGGCAUGACAUGGAUCUACAAAUCAAGAGAGGCAGCAAAAUAAGUGUAAGAUACUUAAAUAGCGAUGGCUAAGGAAAAUGUAGUUUCAUGCUUUGGAAUCAAAUUAUUAACUAAAGAAGACGUAGCGAUCACCUCGUCCUGAAUAAGCCAAGUUUUUUGUUUUUUGUUUAACUCUUCAGUUUUCUGACCAGAGAGCAUGCAACAUUAAAAGUAUGAUUGUUAAUACUUAAUGGCAGCUAAGGAGCUCACAGGUAGAGCUGCCUGGCUAACUACAGACUAACUGCAAUAUUUGUCAGAAUCUGGUUUUUACAACCUUAGUAAUUGAAUUUACUUGACUUAGUAAAAAAAACAACUCAACUCUAAAACGAUGCUAAUCAGGACAGCUAUUGUCUGGCAUAUAUUUACUUCUGUGCUUCCAAUUUUUGAAAGAAAACUCAAUGCAAUGUAUGUAGAAAGUUAUAACAACAAAUGUACCUAUAAAUAAUUGUAUAGUUCAAAAAGAUGCAAGCACUUUACUAAUAUCCAAUGUAAAUUAACUAACCUUGAGAGUUUGCAUGUUGGUAUAAAAAUUAAAUUACACAAAUAAAUGUAAGAAACAAACCUGUGAGACCAACUGAUCAAACACACCUCCGAUAUAUGAUGUCUGACUUUUCUAAGUAUCUGUUUUACUACUUAUUGACUUGAAAUCUUUAGUUUUUACAUUUUUCAAACAUUUGUUCUGACAAAUUACCAUUUGUCUAAAAAGUUAGUAAAUUAUUGGAAAAAACUAGCAGUGUGUAUGUUAUUGUCCACCAUAACUGAAACAAUGCAACAAUAUUUUGGGGGAAAGAAGUAGGUUUAAUUAUUGUAUUAUCAUUCCAAUAGUUCUUAUGUCAAAUGUUCGACAAAAAUCAAAACAAACAAACAAGAAAUACACAAUAAAUGUUAUACCACAUUCGUAUAUGCAAUAAACAUUCAAAACUAUUUUAGUGCUGGUUAGCAGGAUUUGUUCAUACAUGUGUAAAUAUGCAGAUCUAUUUUUUAACCUUAAAAACGCACAGAAUUGGUAAGUCUACCUUUUAUCAUUGAUUUUAUUGUCCCAGAAAUUACAACAGUGAUGACAUGAGCCAUUUAGUCUUGUUUUAUUUUAAGUCAAUGUGGUCUUACUGGUCAUUGUUUUUUAACUCUUGCUGCCAUUUCCAAGUCUUUCAUUCUGGAGUUUAUUUCACAUUUUUUCACUUGUAUUAGUAAAGUGUACUUUGUUGUAAGGAAUUUUCUUUUCUGUACCACUGAUUGUCUAAAAUAAGAUACAAUGUUGUAUUUAACUGUCUUUGAGAUCAUUAACAAAAAAGAAAUGUAAUAGGCCUGAAAUCACUAGAAAAAACUGUAAAUGCUUUAGGACAAACACGGUUUGUGGGUGAAAGAAAGGGUCUUUCCAUACUUGUUUAAGAAAUGUCAGGUCCUGAUAUGGUCCUCAUUUCAUUUUGUCUAAAAGAAUCGAUGUGCUUCCAGACCCCUCAACUAUGAGAACUCAGAUAUGCAGUAUUAAGAUGAAAGCUACAACAUCAUUUGAAUGUUUGCUUGAAUAUUUUGUCAACCAGUGUUUUAAAAAUGUCUUAUUAGAGAGAGGUACCCUCCCAUAUAGUCACUGCAGGAAGUUAUGCUUGCAAGGCUUCAACCUGUACUGGCUUUGAAGUCCAUCACACAUUUUCAAAAAGUAUUUGUCAAUAGUUGUGUUAAUAUUCCAAUUUUCAUACAUUUCACCAUCAUGACGUUAAAAAAAUUACAAUAAUUUGAUGUUGUCUGAAAAUAUUGGAAACAGCAUGCUGAGCUUUGUUUCCUCAGUGACUCCAAAAAGUGUUGACAGUAGCUUUUUAAUGUGUAAUGUCAACCCAACCUGAAGGACAGUAGGGAAACAUGGGAGUAAUAGGUUUAUAGAUAGAUUUAACUUGCAGUGCAGUGUUUAUGAACUUAGUUGAAAAAAUCAUACAAUGAUACACAUUGAUUGGCCUGGGUUAGAUCCUCUGAGCUAAUCUUCAUCGACAUCAACAGACAUUAAAUGUGAUUUGUAAUUUUUGUGAGCAUCACUUCACUCAGUGCACAAAACUUCAUACAGCUUUUUAAGCGCACAUGCAUACUGUAUAAUCUAAAAAUAACUCCACAAUGUGGACGUUAAUUUGCUGAUACUUGAAUUAUACUGGUAUGCCACUUUAUAUGGAAUGUACAUUUUCUGUUACAGUUCAGAAAUAUGUCCAUGCAUCCUUUUUUAUCUGCAGCUGAAUGUUUUCUUUAAUGUAACAACUGAAUGAUCAUACAGGAGGAGAACUUUUUCUCACAUGCCACCUCUUGAAUUUUUACAUGGAUGAUUAUGGAUGUUUAUGUUUCAGAUUUGCCUUGUUUAUUAUCUAGAUUUAUCUGAAGAAUGUCAUAACUGUAUUUCUGAGUUUAAAGGGUCAUAUCACAUACAGUACAGGCCAAAAGUUUGGACACACCUUCUCAUUCAAUGCAUUUUCUUUGUUUUCAUUACUAUCUAAAUUGUAGAUUCUCAAAACUAUGAAUGAACACAUGUGGAAUCAUGUGCUUAAGAAAAAAGUGUGAAAUAACUGAAAACAUGUAUUAUAUUUUAGAUUUCUCAAAGUAGCCACCCUUUGCUUUUUUUGAUAGCGCUGCAAACUUUAGCUGUUCUCUCAAUGAGCUUCAUGAGGUAGUCAGCUGAAAUGGUUUUUACUUCACAGGAGUGCCUGAAGUAUCCCUGACAAGGUACUUCUGUCAUCAAGAGCAAAGGGUGGCUAUUUUAAAGAAACUAGAAUAUAAAACAUGUUUUCGGUUAUUUCACACUUUUUUUAUAAGUACAAAAUUCUACAUGUGUUCAUUCAUAGUUUUAAUGCCUUCAGUGACAAUCUACAAUGUAAAUAGUCAUAUAUAAAAAAAAGAAAAGACAUUGAAUGAGAAAGUGUGUCCAAACUUUUGGCCUGUACUGUACUUGCAGCCAAUGCAAAUCACCCAGGACAUUCCGAUGUAAACAUUGUUUAAUUAAACAAACAGGCAGAUGUUAGUGCCUCUAUGAGGCCCCUCUAGGCUCUGAUGUCAGUUUAGGAGGUCAUGCAAACCAGCUAGAUUUAACUAGCUAAACCUUUCGAGCAAUGCUUAAUAGGUCAGUGAGAAUUAUUGAAUAUGUACAUAUCUGUAUCUACACAUGUGAAUACAUUAAAGUCAUAUGACAUUAAUAUAUCUAUGCAUACUCUUUGUGUGUGGGGCAUAAUUUAAAAAGCUAUUUCUUACGGGGCGAGUGGUUCAUAUGUAAAUAGAAGGGUGGAAAGGUUUAUUCUGAAAGUUAGGCAAAACUUACCAAAUGACAUCACAGGUUGACAAAACCCUGCUUUAAACAGAGUACAUUUGUUUAAAUGUUUUUAGAGUUAUUUUCAGAAAAUUUGCGAGUGCAUUCUUGUUUUCUUUCUAAGAUGAUCCUGCGUGUGGUAAAUGCAAUAAGCAAUAAGCACAGGAUUACUUGCUGUUAAUUGCAGUUGGAAUAACAGCAAAAAGGUCAACUCUGAGGUUAAGCUGAGCAAGUAUUCGUAAUUAAUAUAAAAAUAGUUGGGAAGUAAAACACCAGUUCUGUAAAUAAUAUAAACCUUAUUUUUGAAAGGAAAAUACUGUGAAAGACAUUUAUUGUUGAAACUGAAAUAUAUUGCCCCCUAAAAAUGUGUCUUUAUUUAAAUGUGAUGCCAACAACAUUUCCAAAAAAAUUGGAGCUAAGCACCCAGACUCUUGUACUAUAAUCAGUAAGAGUGCAUACUGCACUGAGGCUGCUGUGGCAGGAAUUUUAUUUUCUCUUGUGUCAAAUAAAAGUCAGACAAGGAAGACACAUCCUGCUUAUGCCCUUACUUAUGUCAUUAAACUUUUUCUAGCUCUCAAAUAUACCAACAAACAACGCAGGCAUAGAUAUUUACAAAUCUGCAAAUUAGAGUAAGACUCUUGAACUUAUUAAAGAUUUAGGGAAUUAUACAGAUUUACGCAUCUGACACCAGGAGAUGAUCCUAUUACACUUUGCAAGAAUUAUGGAACUGGACUUGUCCUCUUCAUUUUAACUACUCCUAAGUACUAUUUUAGUUCAAUUUCAAAUGUAAGUUCACUGAGCUCUCAUUUCUUGUGGCUUAAAGAAAUAGGUGUCACCUCUUCAUUAUAAUGUAGGCCACUGGUUUCCAACCUGUGGUCCAGGACCCCCUGGAGGGCCUGCAAGGCUUUGUCUGCUCUGAGGUUAUCAAAACUUAAUUUGCAUAUAUUAACUAAAAUCAUUACAGAACACUUGCUGAAUAGUUUGGAUAGUUCUGCCAGUGGAAAAAUGAUAUUUUUUCCUCUUUCCUUUGGCAAGAACAUUUAAAUUGAUGUUGCAGUUAUGCAUUAGUUUUGUCUUUGAGGGCCUCAGGCCUUGCUUUUCAACAAGACAAGAAGAGGGGUCCAAAAGAAAAAGGUUGGGAAUCAUGGAUGAAGACCACAGGUGUUGGCAGGAUGUAUGAAGGCAUUUUACUUCCUAAUGUUUAGAGUACAACUUGUCCGCUGAAAAAAUGAACUGUGUCAUGCUGUUCUCUGGAGAAACCUGCAUCUAUACAGUGGAUAUUGACAGAGGAAGUGGUGGAUGAAGAGUAAAUGAAGAAAACAAACGUGGCUGCAACAAGGGAUUAUGUUUAUACUGACUAGAUGUUUGCUGGUGAGACCACAACAGAGGUGUUUUAUCACCUAGUAGAUAAUACACAAUGCCAUCAUGUGUGUUUCAAACAAGUGUUUUUCAUGAUGAAUUCACAAUGGUUAAACUUCUGUUAUUGGAGUAUACUUAUUUGCAUUCAUGAUGUUUUUCGUUAAUUGGGGGUGGAGCUUCCUGAAAGAUGUCAAACAAUGUGUGAUUUCACCAGAGCAAGAAUUUCUCUUAUUUGAAUAUGAAAAAGUCCAUGUACAGCAUUGGGUAUGUUUCCAUGUAUCCAUCUGUUUUCCAUGGUUGCGUUUCCUCACAUACUCACACUUUAACAAACUCGAGUGAAUAACGGGUCAUCGUCUGCAUAUCAUCUAAUCCUUCACAUUAAAAUGCUCUGUGUAUGAUUCAGUCCUGUAAAGAUGAUUUCUUUGUCUGUUGAAAUUUGGCAGAGUGGAGGUCAGACUGCUGGUUAGUUGGUUUGACACUGUCAGCCACCAGAACUGUUAUGUAGAUCUUGAUUUGUUCAUGUGCUAACUGUCUGUCUAUAUAUGAUAGGAUGUUUUUCUAGCUGCACUCGAGGUGUCAUUACAUUUUAAAUUUGUGCAUUUUAUUCUGACAUGCACAGUUAACCAGCAGUUUACAGGUAAUGGUGAUCCCUGAUUACUUCUGUAUUGUCCACAAUAUUAACAACACUGUUGAACUGUAUUAUGAAAGUGAAUGUUAUUUGCUUAGUCCAAAAAUGUGUUCAAGUAAUUUUACAAUCACUGAAAUUGGUUUCAAUUAGUUAAGCACACAUUGAUUGCUCACCUUUAAUGUUUAUAUUUUUACAGUUUCAUUAUUAUGAUUUUUACUGAAUAUAUUUUGUCUUCUAAAGGUACUAUUAAUGGCUUUCUGUUUUUGUCUUCACAGUGUUAAGUUUCUAG